GUCCAAUCUACCAAGGAGGCACACAAAUGAGACCUUGUAAAAGAUACUGUAAAAUGCGAGCUUCACAAUGCUAUCUGUAUGUGACAUCAUAGAUGGGCGGGGGAGGAGACAGUGUGGAACCCCCCCGAGGGAACGAAGCCCAGCAGCCCAGCAGCAAGGAGCAGAGCCCAGACAUGGUCCCCAAGGAGAAGGGAGACGACGGGCUGCAGUGCAUCUUCAUUACCACCAGAGCAUCACCACUUCUGGUGGAAGUUGGAGGGAGGCUGGCAAAGCGAGCAUGGGCAGCGGCAGGCAGAGAGGACAGGUAAGCACAGCCAGUCCAAAUUUUUAAGAGGGGUUGGAGUGGGACUUCUGUGUGGGGUAGGAAGGGGACGGGCCUGUAAGCCCCACCAGUCCCAUCAAGCACCUCCCCAUUCUCCUCCCCUUUCCUUUGCCAUUGCUCUGCAACCUUUCCCAUUCCCAAUACUUCAGUAUCUAUAGGUCUGCUGACAAUGCAGCCACAGGUCAAGUGGGUGGGCCCUUCCAGAGGCAAUGGUGACUAUAGUGGUAAUAAACUGUGUCACUCUGGAUACGGAAGGAAAGUGGUUGGGUUUGCCAAAAACUCUUUAGUGCCUUCAACAAGUGAGCAUCAAGGAUAGGUUUCAAAAAGGUGUGCCCUUCCCGGUUGCAGCAGUAGAGAGAAAAUGAAAGCAUUGCUUGCUAAUUGUUUCCCUGAUAUGGUGCACGUCUUAAAAGGCACAAGAGUCCUAAUUAGGCCUGCAGUGGUCAAAGCAGUUAUGCCAGGGGUUGCCAACAUAUAUGCCCACGGACGCCUUCCCUGGCACCCACAUCCUUCGCCUUUCCACUUUGCAAAUGUGCCUAUGGGCCCAAAAGGUUUGGCAACCCCUGGGCUUUGCCAUGCAGGCAUUAUCGUUGGGCUUGUUUCUUCUCCAGCAGUGAUGUAAUAGUAUGACUCAAAUGGUGAACUGUGGAAGACUGGAGCAAUGGUAGAAACAUUACAACUUUUUCUGAAUAAGGAGAAACUAAACUGUAGCAAUGGAGUUUGACAAGAAAAGGCAAUUUGUUUUAGAAAAGUGUUCUGUAUCUAUGGACUUGACAGUAAAGCAGUGAGUUUCUAACAGCUGAUGCAAACAAUACCUUGGCUCAGUUUUAAAAUGUGGAUUUAGCAAGGGAUAACUUUGUAAGUGAACAUGUUUGACAGUUAAGAAACCAGGAUUCUAGCCACAGCCUGGGUGAUUAAUGCAAACUAUUGCUGUGAUGUCUCCGGAAUUACCUAUUAACUCAGAGUUUAAGAACUGGCUUAUUUAGGUUGCAACACUGGGAGUAAGUCCUACUGAAUUCAAAAGGGCUUACUCCUGUUAGCUCCUUAUAGGAGCAAGCACCACUGGAAUCUACAGAUUCUGCAUUAAACCAGUAAUGAAACACUCCAUUUGUGCACAGCUUCCAGCAAACAACCUCUCUUCAUUAUUGCAGAUCUUAAUAUCUGUACUGAUCAAAAGUAACAUGAGAAGAAGCCUAAAGCAAAGAGAUGCCUGGAGCAUUAGGAUACAUGCCCAACAACCACUGAUAUUUUAGUCUCCAUUAAUGCCCUUAAUGCCUUUUGCCAACGAACUUAUUAUCACAUUAUGAAAUGAUACACUGUUAUGAUUCACCACCUGCAAAGUGGGUCUUGCUAACAGCAUGCCUUCAGAGGGGCUUACUGACAUCACACAUCAACUUAUUGGUGCCAAAAGUGAGCCUUGUCCACCUGCCAAAUUUCCGGCUUGCCAGCUAGAAAGCAUAACUUUACACCUCAAUGUUUGCUUCCUUUGCAAGCCAUUAACAAACACACAAACACCUUGUUCCCUAAUUGCCUCUGCUGUGCAUUAAUGCCAUCCUCAUUCCUAUAGUGCUUCCCAGCAUGCAUGUGCUUGUGUGUACAUACACACAAACACCCCUCUCAUCCGUGGAGCUUAUUAUUAAGCAUGUUGGAUUCUUGUAAGGACAUGCACAUCUUUGCUCAUAAAUAGAUCUUUCUUGUACUGCUCUUUGUGGACAGCAGCAUGUUUACAUUUCUGACUUCUCUAAAUCAACUUGAGAGAUAGCAGCUUAUCUAGGAUAUUACCUACAAUUACACAUCUUCCACGCGAGAGAUAAAAUACCUUUCAGACCAAAGAAAAAGAGCAACAUCUCUUCUAAUUAGCUAUUGUGCUCUUAAAUGCAGCUCAGCUCAUUAACCAGAAUCAUCACAGGAACCCAAACCAUCCAUUUAGAUCUUCUCCCUCAGUAAUUUGACUUUGUUUGCACAGAACUGAGAUUCUCUUACCUGUCAUGCCUCCAGUCCACAUUCACAAUGCUCUCUACUCCCUUAUUCAGUUCCUUCACCUGGAGGAUAUUUUGUUGCUGCAUUGACUGCAGGAACUUGGAGAACUAGAAGAGAGAGAGGCAGUUAAAACUGGGAUACAAUGGUUUUAAUGGUAGGUUUAUUGUAGCUGUGAGAGACAGAAUAACAACAGGAAAACCCCCAGAAACCCAGAAGACAAAUGUCAGAGAUUGAUGUGCAUUAUAAUGAAUGAAAUAAGUAUUUGAUCCCCUGUCAACUAGCCAGAUGUCAGGCUACCUGGUAUCUUCACUGUAUGUAACAAGCUGAGAUUAGAAGCACCUGCUGUAAGGGAGAGGUCUUACCUGUAAUCUCAGCUCGUUACAGUACCUGUACAAAAGACACCUGUCAACAGAAGCAAUCAAUCCAGCAGAUUCCAAACUAGCCACCAUGACCAAGACCAAAGAGCUGUCCAAGGAUGUCAGGGACAGGAUUGUAGACCUGCACAAGGCUGGACUGGGCUACAAGACUAUUGCCAAGCAGCUUGGUGAGAAGGUGACAACAGCUGGUGCAAUAAUUCGCAAAUGGAAGAAACACAAAAUAAUUGUCAACCUCCCUUGGUCUGGGGCUCCAUGCAAGAUCUCAUCUUGUGGAGUUGCAAUGAUCGGGAGAACGGUGAUGAAGCAGCCCAGAACUACACGGGGGGGAAACUUGUCAAUGAUCUCAGGGCAGCUGAGACCAUAGUCACCAUGAAAACAGUUGGUAACACACUACACCAUGAAGGACUGAGAUCUUGAAGAGCCCGCAAGGUCCCCUUGCUCAAGACAGCACAUGUACAGGCCUGUCUGCAGUUUGCCAAUGCACAUCUGAAUGACCCAGAGGAGAACUGGGUGAAAGUGUUGUGGUCAGAUGACACCAAAAUCGAGCUCAAAUCAACUCGCCGUGUUUGGAGGAGGAGGAAUGCUGCCUAUGACCCCAAGAACACCAUCCCCACCAUCAAACAUGGUGGGGGACAUAUUAUGCUUUGGGGGUGUUUUUCUGCUAAGGGGACAGGACACCUUCACUGCAUCGAAAGGACGAUGGACGGGACCAUGUAUCAUCAAAUCUUGGGUGAGCACCUCCCUCCCUCAGCCAGGGCAUUGAAAAUGGGUCGAGGAUGGGUAUUCCAGCAUGACAAUGACCCAAAACACAUGGCCAAGGCAACAAAAGAGUGGCUCAAGAAGAAGCACAUUAAGGUCCUGGAGUGGCCUAGCCAGUCUCCAGACCUUAAUCCCAUCGACAAUCUGUGGAGGCAGCUGAAGCUUCGAGUAGCUACACAUCAGCCUCGAAAUCUUACUGACUUGGAGAGGAUCUGCAAAGAGGAGUGGGACAAAAUACCGUAUUUUUGGCACCAUAACACUCACUUUUUUCCUCCUAGAAAGUAACGGGAAAUGUCUGUGUGUGUUAUGGAGCGAAUGCCUGCGGGUGGCGGGGGGGAUCUGCUGCAGUUGUGAGCAGAGGAUCCAUGGUUCCCCUUCCUUCCCUCCUCCGUGGUUACAAAGCAUGGAUCCACAUGGAUCCUCAGGAUUUUUGCAUUGGGCUACUCCAAACUCACUGUCAGAUCACAUGUCUGUGGCCACAGCAUGAACCACAAAAAUCAUAUAUCCACUAUUUUGUUUAGAAUAUUUUUUUUCUUGUUUUCCUCCUCUAAAACUACAUGCGUGUUAUGGUCUGGUGCAUGUUAUAGAGCGAAAAAUACGGUACCUCCUGAGAUGUGUGCAAACCUGGUGGCCACCUACCAGAAACGUCUGACCUCUGUAAUUGCCAACAAGGGUUUUGCCACCAAGUACUAAGUCAUCUUUUGCAAAGGGAUCAAAUACUUAUUUCAUUCAUUAUAAUGCACAUUAAUCUCUGACUUUUGUCUUUGGGUUUUUGGGGUUUUUCCUGUUGUUAUUCUGUCUCUCACAGCUACAAUAAACCUACCAUUAAAAUAUGGACUGGUCAUUUCUUUGUCAGAGGGCAAACGGGCAAAUUUAGCAGGGGAUCAAAUACUUUUCACCUUCACUGUAUUAUGCACAUGAAAAAUGAAACAAGCAGUAUUCUGGUGUACUUUUUAAAGUUUGGUUUUGUUUGGAUAUAUAUUAUGUUGUAAUUAAAAAAACAACAACUUACGUUUUAAUGAUGCCUGUAUAGUGUUUUUUAAAAAAAUUAUUUAAAACCCCGCCAAUGCAAUAUUAGGCCAGAAUUUUACAGUUGUUUUCAAAUUACUAUGCACACUUACUUCUUAACAAACAUGUAUACGAUUGUGCUAUUAACCAGCAAAAUCAUCUGAAGAUUUCUCACACAUCAAGGAUCUACAUGCACAAAGUGCCUUUGUAGGAAGGGGUCACAGCUUUGGGGCAGAUGAUCUGUGGUGUAUGCAGAAAAUCCCACAUUCAAUCCAAUGUUUCAUUAUUAUUUCUUUCCUCAACCUUUCACGGUACAGAAAAGGACAACAACAACUACUCACUUUUUUGUAGCUUGAUUUCUUUAUGUCUAGUUGUUGACCUUGUGGACUGUUGGUAGAUUGAAAAGAAAAAAAACACAAUUAUAUGCAAGAAACAAGAGGAAUUAGGCCUCUCUCAUUUUUGGUGACAUUUAAGAAAAAACAUGUUUUGUUUCCAGGCUUCUCCCGCUAAAAUAUUCUUAAAACAUGGGCACACAGAUUGGAAAGAAUUUAAAUGUCAUAUAAAGAGAGCAAAUGGAGCCUCCUUCUCCAUCACAAAUUCAAGCAUAAGUACUUAAGAAUCUGCUGAAUCAGGCUGAUGGCCCAUCUUGCCCAAUAUCCUGUUCUCACAGGGGCCAGCCAGAUGCCUGUGGGAAACCUGAAAGCAGAACCCGAGCACAAGAGGCCUCUCCCCUCCUAAGGUUUCCAGCAACUGGUAUUCAGAAGCACUAGUGCCUCCGACUGUGGAGGCAGAGCUGAGCCAUCAAGGCCUGUAGACUUUGAUAGCCUUAUCUUCCAUGAAUCUGUCUAAUCCUCUUUUAAAGAGGUGGCUACCACUGCUUCUUAUGGGAACAAGUUCUAUAGUUUAACUAUGGCAUUUAUUUUAUUUUCGUUAUGCUUUUACUGGAAGAUAGCUUUAGCUCUUCCUUAUGAAUCAUCAAGAGACAGGUGAAAACAGAAUACCUUAUCAAAGUUAAAUCAGGCCAACACAUGAACAAAAGUUUAACCUGUGUUAUAUCUUGAGUACAAUGGUACCUCGGGUUAAGUACUUAAUUCGCUCUGGAGGUCUGUUCUUAACCUGAAACUGUUCUUAACCUGAAGCACCACUUUAGCUAAUGGGGCCUCCUGCUGCUGCUGCGUUGCCGAAGCACGAUUUCUGUUCUCAUCCUGAAGCAAAGUUCUUAACCCGAGGUACUAUUUCUGGGUUAGCGGAGUCUGUAACCUGAAGCGUAUGUAACCCAAGGUACCACUGUAUGCCUUAAAGCAGACUCUGACCCAUGCAGAGUUCGCCUACGAGUUCAUACAGUGACAAUGGCUGAGGCACAGAGUCCUGCGUACAUGCAAGGCUUCUACUCCUGACUCUGGUGAACAGUGUUCUACAAGCACAUUAUGCUCCAUUUCCACAUUUCUCAGCCAGCAACACGGCAGCUCUGCCAGCUUGUAGAAGAUCUUACUACACGUACCAACAUGCGAACAUGUAGUUGCGGAGAAAGGUGCUGGUCAGUAGAGGGAGCUCUGACUUCUUCACUUUACAUUUUAAGGCGUGGAAGAAGCAUUGGUGAAGCAAUGCAUCCAUUUGCUCUAGAAGAAAAGACAGAACCGUUUGUUCUCUACAAGCAGUGCUAUUUUUCUAGAAAAAGAGGUGCCAGAACUCACCAUGAACGCAUCCCUUGUUCUCUUAUAAAGGCAAUGGUGCCCACCUGAGAGGUGCUGGAACCGAGUUUUGGUGAGCUCUAGCUUAAAAAAUAGCCCUCCCUGCCUACGAGCCUCUGCACAGAACGCAACAUGGCCUAGUUCACAAUGUGUCCCUGCCACCUUGUGAACCUCUCAGCUCCUGCCUGUGCCUACGUGUUGUUUCAGUGUUGAACAGGGAAACAAUUUCAGUGCCAUGCAGCGUGGUCACAAGCUAUGAACUUCCACAUACAAGCCUUUUGGUGGCUUAUCCCUCUUCUUUGUCUGUCACGAAAAUAUAGCCACAUGAGGCAAUAAAUGAAAGGAAGAAUGUUAAGUUCAGCAUUGUCUCUACCAACAUUCAGUUUCAACAGAAGAAAGCUGACAUACUAGCAGUGAGCACAGAGCUUAAUGAAAGCUUCUUUCACAUUACAAAGUUAGUAACAAGGUAUAAUGCCCUAUACAAGACAUGGAGUGUGAAGGGGAUACAUUUGUUUGGAUUUUGUUGCUCAUCACAUGCACCAUCAGUGCACAUGCUGCAGGGAAUCAUGGUUACAUGUGUCCUAUAAUCUACACACCUUCCAUCCACCCCAAAAGACUUGCAUUAAUCUCACACAUUACAUCAGGGAUGUGCAGCCUACAGCCCUCCCAGACACUGUUGGACUUUAAUUCCCAUCAGCCCCAGCCAACAUGGACAAUGGUCAUGGACAGUGGGAACUGUAGUCCAUCAUUCACCUAAAAUCAGGAUAGAGGGCAUGUGGUCCUUCAGAUAUUGCUGAAGGACCAUCUCCCAUCAUCCCUGACCCUGGCCAUCCUAGCUGAGGCUAAUAUGAGUUGAAUUCCAAAGAUUUCUGAAGGGUUACUGGUUCCCCAUUCCUGCAUUAUACGGCACAUUGAAAAUGCACAGAGUAUAUAUGUUUAAGUUUGCAUAAAUGAGCAGUUCUGAUCAAAAGGUUGUUACUAGACCUCAUCUAGAAUGCAAAUCCUUGUAUAUAACCCUAUAAUUUUACCUUGUGGACUCCUACUGUCUUCUACCUCCUGAGGAACAUCUAGGUUGUCCUCUUCAGUAGUUUCAGCAGCACCAUUUUCAUUAGGUUCCUCUUUUUCUGUCAUGUCCACACUCUGAAUAGCAUCUUCCAUGUUUAGAUUUCUAAUCCCUGUCUGCAGGCAUGGGUCAAUAGGGUGGCUGUUUUCCUGUGAUUUGCCUUCCCCUUCUCCAGCCUCUUGCUUCUCCUCUUCAGCAUCCAUCAUCUCUGAAGACUCUGCUUCUAAGGGGACUAUUGUUGGUGGGCAUGACUUGUCACCAAACUCCCUUUUUCAAUUUAAAAAGAAACAACAAAAGCAAAUGGCACAAUAAGACUUGCCCCAAAUUUCAAUUUCAGCAAAACAGAAACUCAAAGCAAAAAGUCUAGACUGGGCCAGUUAAGCUAUGAAGUUGUGGAGAACCAUUUUCUUUACUGUAAAGAUUAUGAGCAAAACAAUCUGGAAAAACUGACCACACCAUCACAUUUAUUUAAUGCUAUGCAAGGGGUCGGCUGACUGCCGUAACUCCAGCAGGACCUUAAUAAUACAAUCUCUCUCAAGUCCUUAAGCUGACUUUCAAGUAGUGUGUGGCCUAAAGUUAUAUUCAUUCAUUAAAAGUGUUUUUCAGGAUGCACUAUAGAAGAGUUCUCAGUGUCGCCACAACAGAAAAGGUUCAGAGUUUUCUGAUUUGGUGCUGUGGAACUGAACAGUUUUUCUUAAGUGCUUGUCAAAACCAUGCACCUAUGCUUAGUUUCUACUUGCAUCCUUCUUAUACUUUGCUCAGGGCUCACCCUUCUCUAACCUGAGUCUUGGAUUAGCAUGGGGGCAAAAGCUAACCAUGCGCUAUUGUGUAAACGGUCAAAUAGUUUUGGUGAUACACCUACCAUAAGUGAUCCAUAUAUGUAUGCAGCACUGUGAAGCCUUUUCCUUUCAUUCCAGCUGCCACCAUCUCUGCAGUGGACAUGGUAGCUAUGCCAAUGGCCACAGGGGCACUGAAAAGUAAAGAGAGUAUAGCAUAAAGCAAACAGCUACAUUCUUACUCCAACUAAAGCAGCUCCCAGCUAAGGAAUCUCUCUCAUUUCAGACAUGACGACCAAACCAUGGUUUGGCUGUGUUGAUAACAUACUUAAGGCUCUUGUGCCCCCUCUUCUGCUUGCACACCACAGUUCAAUCCUGCACUUCUUGGAUUUUGGUUACCACUGUUUGCAAAGUCAUAGAUUUCCUCUAAACAAGAAUUGUUCAAACCGUGGUUUCCACUUCAGCUUUGGAAGCAAACAAGUUUGCCUGAAUCAGCCAUCCAAGCAAACUACGGUUACUGGAAAACAGUCUGUGUUCCAAAAUAUGCAAGAGAAGAAGGGAAUACACAACUCUUAAGCAUAUUCAUGAAGAGCUGAGAUGUCUGAACUGGCUAAUGAAUAAUGCCCCACAAUGCGUGAAAAUCAACCCUGCUGCUGGAAGCCCAAAAUUGUUAUGGUGAAUCCAUAGAAGGCAUACACUGUGGCACACAAUCAGAGUCAAAAUAAAUGGGAGUCUCAGAAGGCAUCCCUGUUUUCUACUCGCCUUCUUUUGAAAUCCAAGAGGGAUGGGACAAUCACAUACCUCUCCAUUCAGGCAAGCAAAAGCCAAUGGCCCAUUGUAGUCAGCCAAAGGCUCUCGAGAAGGGCACAGGGCACAGGGCACAGCUGAUGAGGGGUGCAGCCUAAGUGGGGUGCAGCCUAAGGAAAAUCAUGAAGGCCAGUAUGACAGGCCUGGCGGGCCACAUUUGGCUGAUUCUCCCACCUCAAUUUCCGGUCUCAAAAUGCAUUCUAAGAACCACUUCAGAAAGAGGUCAAUCUUUUUAGCAUUAGCCUUCAGGAGAAAUCAUACCUGUUUCCCACCAAGGUGAUGGCACAGAGAGUACCCCGAUCUACCUGAGGAAGACCAUAAGAGGGCACUACAACCCCUGGAAGCAUUAGAUCUGCGGAAAAGACCCUAUAUUAGCAUCUUAGCAAAAUCUUAAAGACACCAGUCAUCCCCUUGUCCUCCACUGCUCUUUUAAAAAACAAAAUUUGACAAAAAUACUGCUUUCAAUGUCUACAUGAAACAAGGGAUUCUCUUGGAUGGCUUCAAAUCUCGGCCCUAAUUGCCAGUGCAGCUCCGAUCAGCCCUGCUACCAUCAAUUCUGCCGCCACAAAGCCAAAAUGUAUCAACUAAAAUGUCAAUUACACAUUAGUUAUAAAUCACAACUUUUUCUUGAGUUUGGAACAUUUUUAUUAGAAACCAGGACUGAGAGAUAUAAUACUGGCUUUCUACUUCAGGCAGUAAUAAAACUGUCAGUGUUCUUUUAAAAAAUAGUUAAUAAUAAUAAUAAUAAUAAUAAUAAUAAUAAUAAUAGUAAUUUAUUAUUUAUACCUCUCCCAUCUGGCUGGGCUUCCCCAGCCACUCUGGGCGGCUUCCAACAAAAUAUUAAAAUACGGUAAGGCAUCAAACAUUAAGAGCUUCUCUAAACAAGGCUGCCUUCAGACGUCUUCUAAAAGUCUGGUAGUUGUUCUCUUUGACAUAUGGUGGGAGGGCGUUCCACAGGGUGGGUGCCACUACCAGAAGGCCCUCUGCCUGGUUCCCUGUAACUUAGCUUCUCGCAGUGAGGGAACCACCAGAAGGCCCUCGGCGCUGGACCUCAGUGUCCGGAUAGAACGAUGGGGAUGGAGACACUCCUUCAGAUAUACUGGACCGAGGCCGUUUAGGGCUUUAAAGGUCAGCACCAACACUUUGAAUUGUGCUCGAAAACGUACUGGGAGCCAAUGUAGGUCUUUCAAGACCGGUGUUAUGUGGUCUCAGCGGCCGCUCCCAGUCACCAGUCUAGCUGCCGCAUUCUGGAUUAGUUGUAGUUUCCGGGUCACCUUCAAAGGUAGAGUGCAUUGCAGUAGUCCAAGUGAGAGAUAACCAGAGCAUGCACUACUCUGGCGAGGCAGUCUGCUGGCACAUAGGGUCUCAGCCUGCGUAUCAGAUGGAGCUAGUAAACAGCUGCCCUGGUCACAGAAUUGACCUGCGCCUCCAUGGACAGCUGUGAGUCCAAAAUGACUCCCAGGCUGCACACCUGGUCCUUCAGGGGCACAGUUACCCCAUUCAGGACCAGGGAGUCCUCCACACCCACCCGCCUCCUGUCUCCCCAAAACAGUACUUCUGUCUUGUCAGAAUUCAACCUCAAUCUGUUAGCCGCCAUCCAUCCUCCAACCGCCUCCAGACACUCUGACAGGACCUUCACCGCCUUCACUGGUAAAAGGUACAAACAGGUAAAAGGCCUGCAACGUUAGAAAAAGUUUUGCUGGGUGUCUAAAAGAGUUGGUUAGAGGCAUUCCAUAAGCAGAGCACUACAGCUCUGGAGGCACUUUCUCUCUGGUUGUCACCCUCUUCAUCUCUGAUGGCAGAGGUACCCAAAGAAGAGCCUCAGAAGGAGAUUCUAACAUUCAAGCAGACCAGGCUUUAUUUAGACAUUAUUUUCCUUCCUAAAGGGAAAAAAGGCCUUGAAUAUCUCAGUUUAAACUGUCAUGUCAAUGACAAAAUCAAUUUAUUUACCUGGAAAUAAACCUCACUGCCUUUCAAAGGACCUUACAUCCAAGCAGCAUGCUUAGGACUGCAAUAUAACAAGCCCAAUCAUGAGAACCAGCUCCACAAGGCAAAUGUGCAGUGCCAUGCAGAAUGGCUUUGAGAUCCGUUCCCUUACCUGCUCCUCCUGCUAGUUUGUGCAACACAGGUGGCCAUGUGGAAAAGGCGGGGAGAAGGUGAGGAUGAGACCACAGGGUGUACACUGUUCCAAAAAGAAAACAAAAUGCUUGUGGAAUUCCAGCAUGACACACUUUACCUGCCUCCAUUCCUCAGAACUGAUAACCAUUAAUCUGAAUUUAAAAUUAGGAAGUAGAGCCUGAGACAAAAUAUUGCAGUGUGGGAGUGCUCGUGCUCAGGAUUCUAGCCAGGAUUCAUUUUUCAGGAUACUCCAUGCUGUUCCCCUCCCCACCUUAUUUUCUAUUACCCUCCCCUCCCACUGCCAGCAAUCAAGACAGCACUCCAUGGCAUCUCAGUGCAAGUAAUUCCCAUUGGACUGUUCCCCUUCCCCCUGGGUUUUCCUCCCUUAUGUUAUUUUUAACUUCCAAACCUUGGGGGGGGGGGCAAGUCUGUUGAUAUCUCUCUCUUGUCUAUUAAGCAAUGGCACACACAGCCUCAACACUGGACAUUUUCCUUUACUUAAAAGUAUUUGUCUUUUUUCAGCCAGGAAAAAAAUCCCAGACUGGCUUACACACAUAAAUAAGACAGACAUAGGAACAAUGAUGGUAAGGAACCAGAACACACAACCUAGCUUCUGGUUCAAGAUAUUUAAACCCAACAUGUAAAAAUAAUGUGCAGUGAGAAGAUAGAUUGGUCUAGUUCAGACACAAUAAUCUUUGGCCAGUAAGCCAUGGUUUUUCUGCCUGAGAACAAGCUGCGUACCUCUGUGCUCCUUUAUCAAUCCUCUGCUCAGUAUUAACUUGAACCAGUAUUAACUUGAACAUAGCAGGAAUUGUACACCUGCUGCUGCACUCAUAAUUCUUUCUGAACAACCAAGGCUGGAAAGCAGAAUCACCUAUCAACUCUUGCCUAUGCGAAAGUUAAAGAAGAGAGCCCUCUGCCUGCCACCCCAUAGCAUGAACUACAUGAGCCCUAUUCAGGCAUUCACUAUCCAGCUUAACUGAACACAUGAGGUGGUCAGCUUAGGCUAGCUCCCCUCCCCUCACUAUUCCUGCCACCCUCCACAAAUUCAAGGGUGACUAUCUGUAGAAAGGAGACAACUCUGAUUAUGCCUUUGAAAUUGUGGAGUGAGAGUGACAGUGAGAUAGAGAUGGAGGAGUUUGUGUCCACUCUCCCACUCCCCUCAUGUUUAUUUUAGCGAAAUAGUGAAUACCUAGACAGAGCUGUACUAGCAGUGUGUGUUUCAGGGAGGGACAAUUUAUGACUCAAAGACAGUAAGUUGCCUACCUCUGAUUGAGCACAUUUAUACCAUAACUGACACUCUUCUCAUUUUAGAUAUGGGAAAUGGAGGCUUAAUAUUUUGCAACUUGGCCAAAGUAAAACAUCAAAUUUAACUCAAACCUCCCCAGAACAGCAAACUGCCUGCAGAAACAUAUUUCUGUACCUGUUGGAUACAGUCUCUUCUCUAUUUCAAAAAGGACUGGUAUUCUGCCAUUAGCAUAGACCGUGAGAGCAUCUCCUUUGUGAGCAUACAGUUUAAUGAUAUUCAGCUCUUCUUUAUUCGGCACAAUUUCAGAUAGCUGUUCAGAUGUGAGGGUGGGAAAAGUUGCUGCGACAUCAUUUCGUAAUUUCCUCCUGCAAGGUCAACGACACAAUUCCAUUAUCUAAAUGAUUAAAAUCAUUUUUAAAAUCAUUUUAAAAAAGGUGCCCAAUUAUCAAAGCCAUUCCAUUAUCUUAAAUCAGGAAUGCCAGGAUAAUGCCCAUGGGUGUAUGAAUGUCUGCAGAGGUCCUCCCUGAUGCCCACAAUUCUCCUCCCCCAGCUGAAACUGAUUUUUAAAUAAACAUUCUGUUGUACCCAAUAGAAUACUUUGGUCUAUGUGUGUGGUGCCCAUGACAAGUUUUUGAUGGCAGUUUGCAAAUUUGUCAUUUAAUAUAUUCUUAUUUUUGCUUGGUCUCAGUUUAUUAUGUCUAGGGAAGUUUUUAAUAUUUGAUGUUUUAUUAUGCUUUUAAUUCUGUUGGGAGCUUCCCAGAGUGGCUGCGGAAACCCUGCCAGAUGGGCAGGGUAUAAAAUAAUAAAUUAUUAUUAAUUAAUAACAACAAUUCUAUUACUCUAAAUCUUGGAGGAAGGCAUAUAUUCAAGUUUUAAAAGACCAAAACCUUAAAAAGACCUUCUAAAUAUGCAUGCCAGAGAAAUAAAACAAAGCAACUUAUUUAUAUCCCAACAAUCACUGUGAAGCCAUAACCCAAGCACUGAGCCCGGCCUUGGUUGGGGAGGGCGCGGUAUAAAUAAAAAUUAUUAUUGUUAUUAUUAUUAUUACUGAUCAGCCAUCAAUCUCUGCAUUCCACAUGACGCAUAAAAUUAACACAUACCGAAACUGCACUCUGAGGAAGGCAUAACAUCAUUUUUUAAAGUGUAUGUUUUCCGCUAAAUGUAAUUCUAAGUAGCAUCCUGUAAAUCUUCAUCAUGCUUGGUUAGAAAGCAUGGCUCUCUACAACCAGAGCCAGUGCUACCACUAGGCCACCUAAGCAACCACCUAGGGCUCAGGCCUCAGAGAAGUGCAGUACUGACCUUUGAAGGGCAGAGUUUUGUUCACAAGAUUGUUCAAUAUAAUUUAUGUGCUAAAACAUCUUCUUUUGUACUUGAGAAAGAUAAUCAAAGAUUGUUGUAUUACUCAACCUUGCCAUUUGAAAUAAAUUUAGCUGUUUCGAGUUUUGUGCUUUUCAUUUUUUUUCUACAAGGCAUCUAUUUUUGAAAAGUGAAGUUAGCAAUUAUUUAUUUAUUUAUUUAAAAAAUAAAUAAAUUUGUGGGGUAUUGCAAGCAGUGAACGUUGCCUAAGGCGCAAAACAGCCUGGCACCGGCACUGUUUAAAAACGGAUUAACGACCAAGGUAAAUGCCUUGAAGGAAAAGGAAACAAGACAAACUUACCUAUCAGACCCUUUGAUAGCAGUAUUGGAUUUAACUCUGAAAGCUUUGGCAAACAUGGCCAAAGAAAUCCCAAGGCUUCCGUUCUGGCAGGUAAAGAAAUAUCGCGGUUUACUGUCCGGUGGGGCGUGGGGGACGCGUUAGAAAACAACACCCAUUAAAGCGGCACUUUAACACACAGCUGCCAUAGCGUUGGUGCCGCAGCAAAAUGAGUCCGUGGGGCAACAGCUUGAUCUCUCCCCCCGCGGCUGCUUCCUGCUCUGGUGACGUCAGAGGCAAAGGCAGCGCGUGAUAGGCUGCGCUUCCUGCCGCUUCGUUUUUGCUCCACGUAGAAAGAGAGACUGGGCGGGAUCAAGGCAUCGUUUGUUGCAGCGCGAGCUCUGCUGGAAUCAGGGAAAGACUCAGAAUUGAACUACGUGGUUUGCUUUGAGCAGCUAGUUGCAGGAUCAGGCCUUGGGCUUAUUGGUGCUUGUUUGCAUUCCGACUUUGCUGGUAAACCCCAUUGGUUCCUGGUUUGAACUGAUCUGUCGAUUGGCCGGCAUGUCAACCGUAUACUGAUUUCUAGUUAUUAGGAUUUUAUCUCAGGGCUUACCGUAUUUUAAAGCUUUCCUCAGUUGUGAAACGUAAGUAAUUACAUAAAGCCGUUGUAUAGUGGCUAGAGCGUUAAGAGAGUUAAACUCCCCACUUGACCAUGAAUCUCACUGGGUGACCUUGAGCCAGUCACCAACUUCCAGCAUAACCUACCUCACAGGGUUGUUGUGAGGAUGAUAUGGAGAGGGGGAGAGUCAUACACUGAACUUAUGGUGACAUGCAAAUGCAAUAAUAAAUAAUAUAUAUCUUCGUGCUAUCAGGCCAGGAAGAUAUUCUGAGCAUUUUCUUGCUAGUAGUUUCAUCACUUGGCAUUGUUUUUUCCAAAUUUGUUGGCUUUUGUGUGUGUUUCUUUGUGGAGAGCCAGUGUGGUGUAGUGGUUAAGAGCGGUAGUCUCGUAAGUCUGGGGAACCGGGUUCGCGGCUCCGCUCCUCCACAUGCAGCUGCUGGGUGACAUUGGGCUAGUCACACUUCUUUGAAGUCUCUCAGCUUCAGUCACCUCACAGAGUGUUUGUUGUGGGGGAGGAAGGGAAAGGAGAAUGUUAGCCGCUUUGAGACUCCUUAAAGGGAGUGAAAGGUGGGAUAUCAAAUCCAAACUCUUCUUCUUCUUCUUCUUCAUCUUUGUUUUUUGUUAUUGACUAAAAUUUUGUUACUAAAAUUAAUUUGCUAUGGGUGAAGUUGUAUCUAAGGAAAAAUACAUUUCAAUAUAUUGGCAUCUGUCUGUCUUGGAAGACAAUGGAGUGUGCCUUUGGGGGUGAAGAUUGGAAAGUUGCAGCACCUGCUGUGGCUGUAGAGACUAAUAUGGGAGAGAUGUGUUUUGUUGCAGCUGGGGCAGAUGAAUGUGUUUGAUUGUGCUGCUGCAGAUGCACCAUGGUGUUUCUUCUCUGCGCUCCUCCCAACAGUCAUUCCUCCUCUGGUCAUUGCUAUGGAUGCAUAACCUGACUGUUUCAAUGCACUGCAGCCAUCCACAAGGGAUUCCCACACGAGGGGGUUGAUGAUGCCAACCUUUAUGUCACAUUUGCAGACAUCUUUGUAAUGCAGAGUUGGUCUGCCAAUGGGCCUGGUGCCUAAAGCCAGCUUCGCAUAGAGGAUGUCCUUGGGGAUCCUGCCAUCUUCCAUUAUUUGGACAUGACCAAGCCAGGGUAAAUGUUGUAGAGACAGGAGUGCAAACAUGCUAGGAAUGUGGGCUUGGGAGAGCACAUCUUUGUUUAAGACUCUGCCCUGCCAUGUGAUGCCCAAAAGCUUUCUGAUGCAGCGCAUGUGGCAUUGAGAUGUCACGCCUGUCGACUAUGUUGCCCAUGGCUCACUUUUAUAAAGCAGCAUGUUCAGCACACAAGCCUGGUAGUCCUUCAUCUUGGUAUUGUUAGCACCACAUUCUCCCAUACCCUUUGGAGAGGCGAGCCUUGCCAAUACGCUUGUCCAGUUUAAGUGUCGAUGGAGAGGUUGCUGGUUAUGGUGGAACCCAGCUGAGGCAUGGAGUGCUGGUGAUGUCCUGAUUCAGGGUGUUGGUCUUUGUCAGGCUGAUGGUAAGGCUCAACUCCCUGCAGGCUUGGGCAAAAUGGUUGAUGAGUCUCUGUAGAGCUUUCUCAGAGUGAACUUCAAGGCUGUGUCAUCUGCAAACAACAUCUCUCAGAUAAAGACCCACCAGGCCGCCACAGUUUUGUCUUAGCACAGAGAUGUGCGAGGUUGAACAGACCCCCGUAGCUCCUCAAAUGAAAGUACAAACCAUGGACUUUGACUACAGUAUAUGUAUACUGUACUGUUUUUGCUGAAUGAAGUGUAUCCCUAUUAAAUAGAUGCAACUGGGCUCCCUAAUCAUGGGGCUUUUUAGUAUCCAUGUUACAAUCACUUGACAUUUGUCAUGGACUGCUUACAGCAUAUCAGUAAUCUAGAGAUUAGUAUUUAAAUCCUGAAGACUCCAGGACAAUCAUAGGGUUUUGGCAGCAUUCCUAAGUUAGCAGACAGUCGACAAAACAAGAUGUUCUAAGAGCCUGUAAGUGGCCUAUUAUUUAAUUAUUCAGACUGCUGCUUUUCUAAGGAGGGUACAGGGACAACAAUCUGAGUCAGUUGUGUGUACUGAAGAUGGCCAUGAAAGCAUUAGCAAACAUAGUGAAUGGUGUAAACCCAGAGCCUGUCAUGGGCAAGAUUCUGUUUCCUUAGCUACAGGGUUGCAUCAUGCUGGAGAUGUAAAAUACAAUGCGGCAAGGAGAGUCCAACUGUCCAUGGCAAUGGGGCUGAUAUCCUACAUUAUUAAGGGUAUCAAAAGUCUAAUGAGCUAACGAAGCAGGGAAUAUAUGCGAAAGUGGGGAAAUAUGUACAAAGGAUCGCUAGAGCAGAGCAGUGCAGACUUCAGGCUUGUGGGAUCUGUUUUGAGUUUUACUAGAACCCUGAGAUCAACCAACUAGAACCAGGUGCAAAGGACAUAAAUUUAGAAUUAAAGAACAUGGUUCUUAUGUGCAUCUGAUGAGAACAGGGGUUUUGUGUCGGAAGUGAAAUGAGCUUACAACCCUCACAAAAUUCUAUUUCUGGUCACUCCAAGUUUUCUUCAUUGUACUUAAUAGUAGGGUGGAUACAUGUUGUUGUUGUUGUUGUUGUUGUUGUUGUUGUUGUUGUUGUUGUUGUUGUUAUUGUUGUUGUUCCUGUUACUUACUGAUCUGCUGCACAUCACCCAAAGAUCUACCAGUAGAUCUACAUCUACCUUUAGCUCACCCCUGACCUAGAAGUCUUCACCUUCCUAGGAUUUCCCCUGAGGCUUUACUGGAAUGAGCAAGCUUACUCAAAGAAGAGCAAGGUCAGACUUGUGGGCAGCCUAAACUCAUUCUGAAACCGUAUAUCUGAUGAGGGUCAUCCUCCUGUCUUUAUAACGAUACCAUAAGGAAGAUUUCCAAUAUGACCCACAUAAGUAGCUAUAAAUGGUCUUACUUUCAUUUGGAGCUAGUGCCACAUUGAUCUGUGGUCCCAGAGUCGCGUGUCAAAGUCGGUGUGGCCAAAGUGUAAAGUGGCCAUAGACAUUCUUUUAAUUUUGGAGGUUGGGGGUGUAACAAAAACCUUUUGGCAUCACAGUAUCACAGCAAGGGACUUAUGGGAGCAUUCAUUCUUAAAAAACUAUGCAAAGCAGCAAAACACCUUUUGGCAUCACAGCAGGGGAUCCAUGUGUUGUUGUUUUUUAAUGACUUGGUGGGAGGUCUUGUGGGACCAUAAAACCCAGCCCAUGGGCUCCUUUUAGCUACUAUUUAUUUUAAGACAUGCACAAUUUUUCUUUGCCAGAAGCUGUACUUUUACAUUAAAGAGGUAGGCGGAUUGUGAAGGUAGGAGAAACUUGAUGGGCUAUUGUCUUUCUUUAACUACUGUCCUUCUCAUGACACUUUCCAAUAAAAUAGUGUGCAUUUAUGCUUGCAUCAGAAGGUAUAGCAGAUACAAUAGUCAGGUAAGACUGUGCUCCUGUGCAUACCUUUUGGGGAUAAGCCCCAUUGACCUUAGUGGAACUUCAAAGUUAAAAUGAAUAGAAUUGCACUGCAAAUGUUUAAGGUUCCUACCUGUCAUGAUCUAUGCAAACUACAAUCCUAAACACACUCAUUAAAGAGCAAGUCUUAUCAAAUUCAGAGAGACUUAUUUCUGAGUAAAUAGACAUAGGAUUGUGUGGGCCAGUAGCCUUCUGCAUAUCCAUAAGGAUGAAAGCCCCUGAAUCUCUGAAACUACUAUCUAGCUGUACCCGGUUGCAAGAUUAGAGCAAUUAACAUUUAACUCUUAAUUUAAAGCUAUUUCAACAUUUGUCUGGCUGCUGCUGAUUUGCUUUAAAAAAAUGAUUCAAAGCCCAGGCACAUCAAGCAAAAAUGUGUACAAUAUUCUAGGAAGAAGCUAUUUGAUGGAAACCAGAGAAUAACUCUCAUACUCUGAAGAUUGUUCAUUAAUAUCUGGUACAUGUAAAAACAAGAUAAGUAAAUGUUCUGGUUUUAUUCUAUUUCUACCUUGAAAUGGAAUGUAUGGUGAAAUACUAUGGCUAUCACAGCAUGGUGUUUAUUAUUGAUUAAUACUAUAUAUAUAUAUAUAUAUAUAUAUAUAUAUAUAUAUAUAUCCAUAGACUGAAUUUGUAUAAAAUAUUUGCAUAACUGAUUCUUUCUACAUAAAGAAAGGAAGCAAAAAUGGAAGCAAAUACGCCUACAAUGUGCUUGUUGUAUGUUCGCCUCAGUGUAAUGUAACGUGAAUUGAAAAUCACAUCUCACCAAUAACUCCUGUGUAAGGAACAAAGUUGGACAGCCUUCUUCAAAAUAAUCUUGAGCAGAGGAGAAAUUGAGCUUUUCCAACCUGCUGCCUUCGACAUAUUGUUGGGACUACAGCCCCCACCAUUCCUGAACACGGGCCAUCUAGCUUGAUCUGCAGUAAGUUUGCAGUUCAACAACUGGAGGGCAUAAGGUUGAGGAAGGCUGGAUUAAUUAUACAACUUAUUUGCUUGUUUAUAUCCCAUCUUCAUUUCAUUUUCAUUUAUUAUUUCUAUGUCACUUUUUACUCACAUGAGUCACAAAGCGGUUUACAUACAAUAAAUAAGAACAUAGUAGAACAUCACAAUUACAACAUAAAUCUUAUAAAAUAAUUAACAAAUCUUCAGUAAAACAACAACCUUCUAUAAAGCACCAUUAACAAAACAACUUUUAAAAAAACAGGCUAAACAGCACAGCCGCAAGAUAAGUAAUAAAAUUCACAAAGCUUUACAGCAGACAUAAUCCACAAAACGAUAUUAAUGUUAACAAACUAACAAUCAAAAACAAACUAAGCACUCCCAUGUGUUCAAAGUAGUAUACACAAUCCCCUUCCUCAUUUCAUUUUAUUGCCCAAAGUCACCCAAUGAGCUUCAUGGAGAAUUCCAAAUAUACUUCACUGUAGUCUACAUGACAUAGUUUUUCUGCUUUUCUUUACACUGACGAUAUGAGAAUCUGUCAUGCCAACAAAUAGGCAAUAUAGGCUUUAUGAGGUCCAAAAUCCAUACUGAGGCAAUACCAAUAUUAGGCUUUUUGGUUCUUUGUUUUUCUACUAUUGUAGGAAAAAGCUAUUUCACAACUUGUGUCAGAUAUGCAUUCUUAAUUAUUUGAGAGGUAACCGAAAUGCAAACCUCAGCCGUGCAUCUCAAGGGACAACCUGACUGACUUGCCUCCAUAGUCCAAGAUAGAGCACAGCUGGACUGGAAUAAUUCACGUGGAGGGAAAAUGUGGUUUUGACAUGAAUCUACACAAUAUAUUUUUUAAUUGACCAUUCCCUGUGAGACUACAAAGCAUAGAAAGCAAUUAGAAUACAAUAAAUGGCAAACCUGCUAAACAACUAAAAUGUGAUUGGGGUUGGGAGGCAGCAAAUAUUUCUUGUGACCUUUGCUUUCCUUAAGGAAAAUGGCAUGGUACAGCACAUAUGCCCCAGAGACAUGAGGAGGGCUGUGAUCCCUGUUAACAGCACCAGAUGGCUCUCAGCAUUGCUUUUGCAAAAUUAUUCGAUAUCCUUGAAAAGAAAACCCAAAUAUUUGAUCAUGGGAUAUUCAUAUAAAGCCUUAUUCAUAAACCCUUUCAUAUAAGGAGGGUAACAUUCCAAAUUAAACUCUGAUACACACCUAUUAGUGCUAAUGAGAGUGUUGUUGUCUAAAGAUGCAAGAUUAGUCAACAAAAGGAAUAAUUUUCAACCGUGAGAUCAAUUGGAGUUUUCAGCCAAAAAGAAAGAAAGAUUCUAAGAACUGAAGGAUGGAUAAAAACUCACUUUAGGUAUCAUGAGAAAGGAAGGCAUAUUGAACACAAAGUUUGUUUAUCUGCAGUUUGGUUGAAAUUAUGUCAAUAUUUUUCAUUCUUAGUACAAAAUCGAAUUUUAUAUAUGGUAGCAGGGUGUCAGCAAAUAAUUUUCUCUGCAUCCCAAGCCCUCAUUAUAACCAAGCACAGAAGCUCUACACAAAACCCCCCAAAACCUUUUCUUGGCUGCACACAGAUUGCAUUCAACACAUUCUGUUUUAUUUUGAUUGGCAUAGGCGUAACUUAAAGACAACUUGUAAUGUGUAAACCUAUAAACAGUGGACAGACUUCAGGUGUUGCAAUCUAUUUUGUUCUGCUGUACUGUUUUCAGUGCCUGCUAAAUACUUUUUUGUUUAGGCACAACCUGUAAUGUAAAGUUGGAAUGUAUUUUAAUAUGUAGAGUUGGAAGAAACCCUAAGGAUCAAACCUGCAACCUUGGCAUUAUUAGCACCACACUCUAAGCAACUGAACUAUCCAUAUAUUUUUAACUGCUUGCUUUAUUUUUAUUUUUUGUAGGUCUGCUUGCUUUUAACUUCUUAAUUUUAUUGAUAAUUUCAAUGUAUAUUAUAUAUUUUAUGUAAGCUGGUUUGAGGUUUCUACACUGCCUCCCGCAGUUUGGUCAAACUCAUGUUAGUAGCUUCUACAAUAUAGUGGUGUACAAAUGUUGUUAAAUAAAAACAAAACAAAUAUUAGAAUCCUGAUGCCUACCAACUGGAGUGAGGUGCAAAAUAUGUGUGGGUGUUCCUCCAGGGCUGACCCAAGACAUAUUGAUGCCUGAGGUGAAGAACAAGAUGGUGCCCCUAUCUAGAUGGGCAGUUCAAUCUUCAGUACUGGUGACAGCAUUGUGCAGUACACCUUGGGACAGCAGGUUGCAUUGAGGGAGUUUAUGACCCACCAUUGGCAUCCUGUAGGACAUCACUUAUAUUAAAAAGUAUAUGAAGCUAUAUCAAAUUUAAAUGAAAUCCAUAUCAAGCAAUGUCAAAUUUAUAUCAAAAGACAGGACUUAUGGGGAACAGGGUGGGGCACCUGACACUUUUUGUUUGACAUAAUGUAUGUCCCAUGUUGUGCUGCAUUCCCUUUCCACCAACCUGCCAGGGGCCAUAUGUCAGCAAAAGUGGGUGGAACCAAGGCCAGUUCAAGACACCUGGGCAUCUGAGGUGAACCACAAGAUAGUGUUCCCCUCCCUGCCAAGGAAGGGGUGAGUGAAGAUCUAAAUCAGAACCCCAAGGUGGGAGGGAUAAGGAUCUACAUCAGGAUCUGCUGCCUGUGGAUCCUGCUGUCUGAGGCAGUCACCCCACCUUGCCUCACUGAUGAAGCAAUACAUGUACAUUUUGCAUUUGUACAGUAGGCUAGUAUCUACACACAUCCCCCUCUCUCCUCCAUCCAGACAAGCAUAUCAGAGUUCAAGAACACAGGGAGGGCCUGGGGAGAGAUCCAAGAAACACAUUUUGGCCACUGGGUCUGAGCUUCCCCACCCUUGCCGUAGACAACCAGGAGCCCAGUUUGUCAGGCAUUGUAUAUUCCCCUCAACAAAACAAUCCUCUGUUACAAGUAAGUUCCUAACCAAAGCUUGUUUAAAACACAGCUUAAUGCUGAAAUCCUAUGCACACUUUGGUAAAGGUACCCCUGACAGGUCUAGUCGCGGACGACUCUAGGGUUGGGGCGCUCAUCUCGCUCUAUAGGCCAAGGGAGCCGGCGUUUGUCUGCAGACAGUUUCCAGGUCAUGUGGCCAGCAUGACUAAGCCGCUUCUGACGAACCAGAGCAGCGCACGGAAAUGCCGUUUACCUUCCCGCCGGAGCGGUACCUAUUUAUUUACUUGCACUUUUUGAUGUGUUUUCGAACUGCUAGGUGGCCAGGAGCUGGGACUGAGCAAUGGGAGCACACCCCGUCGCGGGGAUUUGAACUGCCAACCUUCCGAUUGGCAAGCCCUAGGCUCUCUGGUUUAGACCCACCAAACUCAAAUGUUCAGAGUGGGCAGGCAUACAAUUACACUGGAAAGAAAUGUAGCCUAGUUUUAACUGGUUUGUCAGAUUGAAUGUGUUUUGGAUCUUCUAGUGUCACGGUGGACAUACACUUGGCCUGUUGCUGAAAGUAUUCAAGCUUGGGAGUUACACAGAACUGCUUAUUAGGCAGAAAGAUAAAACAGGAGCAGGGGAAGCCGCCUUUUAUCAAGCCAGAUCACUUGUCCAUCUAGCUCAGUAUUGUUUACCGUGAUUGGCAAGUGGCUUCCCAGGAUGUUAGGCAGGGGUCUCUCCCAGCCUGACCUGGAGAUGCUGAGUGUUGCCCUUGAGACCAUCUACGUGCAAAGCAGUUGCUUUAUACCACCGAGCUGUGGUUUUCCUCCUUAAAAUAAUAAAACCACGGUUUCUUGGAAGACUUAUGGGUGAAGACGUAUACCCACGCGUUGCAAGCGUCUUGUGGUGCUGCUGACACCUUAAAAGAUCUGGCAGCUUCGUUUAGAAGAACACUUGUGUCAGACCAAGAGCUUGCGGCAUAAUAACUGUUAGGGCAGCCCAUGCUGCAAUAAGCGCCAGCCACAGUGAAAGUCCACGAAAGCUCAUGCCAUAAUGAACGUGUUAGUCUUCAAGGUGCCACAAGGCUCUGUGUUGUUAUUCGCAUUCGACGUGGCUUCGCUACAGACAAGAGGCGCUUUUUGAGGUCCCGGCAAGGUUCCUAAGGCGUGGCCCUAAAACACACACGCACACAUUGGGUUGCUCAAAUGAUUUUAUUUACCAAGCCGCCUGCCAGCAAACGCCCCCCCCCCCGGUCGCCGCCUUCUCUCUCCCCACUCAUCCCCUUUCCCCCCUCGGCGCGCUCCCGUUUCCUUUCUCUUGUCCCCGCUCGCCUCCUCCUCUCACCGCGCAAGCGCAUAGAGGGCCAAGCAGACGUUCCCUUAGCAACCGCGCCCUGAGCACUGCCGCGGCCCCGCCCGCCGUGCUACAGCCUCAGAGGAGAAAGAGGCGAGCGAGCGAACCAGGCAGGCAGGCAGCGCGAGCCGGAGUGUGGGCCUGGCUAGGGUGAUGGGGCGCAGGGCCCGCGGGCUUCCACCCCGCUACCGCCAUGAUGCUGCUGAGCAGGAAGCCGGAGGGUCCCCUCACUGCAGGUAAUAACGGCCCCUCCCGGGCGGGGAGGUUAAAUGGGGCUCCCAGGGUCUCUACCUCGGAUCUUAUUCCUACCCCCCCCCGACUUGGAAUGGAUCCCUCCACUCCUCGAGGCGAGAGGGCCUUUGGGCCAUUCGAAGACUCGGAGAGGGGGGUCUUGCGGGGCUUCUCGCGGAACAGAACAAGAAGAGAGGCGAAGUAUCGAUCUGUAUUAUUGCAUAUGCAGCCGAACGCACAUGCCGCGCUGGCCCCGCUUCCUCGGAGAGAGGCCACGUUGCGCCUGCCUCGUCCACCCCCGUUUUGUGCAAUGGGGAUUUUGAGGUGGGGGCCCCCCGAUCCGCCUACAUUGGGAGGGGGGCUGUUGCGUUGUUUUACGAAGGAAAAAGAGUCUUCCAAGCGAUCCCGCGUCCUGCCCUGUGUGUGCGUGCGAGUGUGUGAAAUCCACUUCUUUGUUGCUCCUUUUUCCACCCUGCGCCCUUCCGUUAGAUCGAUUGCGAGGAGUUUAAAGGAUAACUCAUCCGUUUUAGGGGAUCUGGAUCCGCAGUAUAAUGCAGCGGGUGGCAUAUUGUGGAGGAGAAUGGCGGGGGGGGGGGAUCUAGCACCAGAGAGAGGGAUGGUGGGAGAGAAAGAGGCAGGCAUGAGGUUGCGGCAAGCUUGUUUUGAAGCUAAGGGCCGGCCGGGUGUUUUUUUUGUUUUUGCAGGGGUCGCGACGGAGAAAGCACCGUCGGCAAAAAUGCUAAAAGCCCGGUCCUGUUGUGGGUUAAGUCUCGUUGCGGGAUUGGCCGCCAAGUAAACAUGCACACGAUUGCAAUCGGAGCUUGUGGGUUGCAUCCAACUAAGUUUUACUCAAGGGUAGACCUUUCGGAAAUAAUGGGCCUGGGUUUGCCAUGCUCCUUGUUUUCAAUGGGUCUGCUCUUGAGUAGGACUAGCAGUGGAUUCGGCCCUGCGUGUUUUCGCUGGGGUGGUGGUGGUGGAUGGAGUCGAGAGAAAGAGAAAAAUGCGGAUGGAGCCUCGGGAAGCGUGUCGGGACGGGUUCCCCAGGAGACCAGGGGAAAACUCCCCAUUGCACGACAGGUUUAAAAUGCCAGUCGGGACAAAGCAGCCGGCGUCUGAUUUUAACGGACAAGCUGGCCUGAGUUGGGAGGAUUGUGCUUCACCAUAGGAAACGACGUCGAUUUCUUUCUUUCUAAGGUUCUGUAACAAUUGCUUUGUUAGGUCUGGGCGAGUUUAACGCCAGGGGAAGGUUGAGCAGUAUGGAUCUGAAAUGGUCUCAUGUUUCAGAGCACUUUGUGUGUGAACGCAUAUCCAAAAUACUCUUUAUGACUUUAAGAGACUUAGACGCAGACAGGCCAGAUUCCUUCAAGUCACUGCCAAAUUCUGCAUAAGGAAGAAUUUUUAUUUUGACAUUUUUCCGUUGGCAACUUAGUUGACUUCUUUUUAACUGUUUUCAAUUAGGACAAGGCGCAUUCAUUUGUUCAGAUCAGCAGUACUCCCCAUGUAACUAUUUUGUUUGUUAGGCUUGCAAUCCAAGUUUUAAAAGAAAGGCAAUUUUUUUAGUGAUCAAGUAAGGCAGGGUGAGGAACCUAUUUCUUUUCCUUCACACCAUUGAUUUUUUGUUUCACUGUGUCUAUAGAACACAUUUGUUAAAACAGCAUCUUCAGGAAUAGAAUACAGUGGUACCUCGGGUUACAUACGCUUCAGGUUACAUACACUUCAGGUUACAGACUCCGCUAACCCAGAAAUAUUACCUCGGGUUAAGAACUUUGCUUCAGGAUGAGAACAGAAAUCGUACUCCCGCGGUGUGGUAGCAGCGGGAGACCCCAUUAACUAAAGUGGUGCUUCAGGUUAAGAACAGUUUCAGGUUAAGAACGGACCUCCGGAACAAAUUAAGUCCUUAACCCGAGGUACCACUGUACUGUUUUAUAGCUAUGCAUAUAUGUCAAUAUCAAACUCUGGUCUGUGGCAUUUAUGGGGUGGGGUGACAAUAAAUGCAGCAUUCACGUGAAAAUAUAACCAUUUGCGUAGGCCAAGGAUAACUGGUUGGAAUAUAACUUCUAAUUGGAGAUCAGUUUAAAACAAAAAUGUAGAAAAUUAAGGUAAUAUUUACAGCUCAUUCUUUUGCAUGUUUGCUUGGAAGCAAGUUCUACCGAUUUCAGCCUUAGUGUAAGUAAUGUUGAAGGUGGUGUUUUUACAGUUACAUAGCAAUAUAAUAUUUGUAGACAACUGUGUUUGUGACCCAAUACACGUAUUGAUUUGUGUAGUAAUUUGUUUUUCUGGAACUAUUAUUCUCUGUCACAUUAAGCAGACAGUGAUUCAUAAGUGUUGGGCAACACAUUUGCACUUUCAUUUACUUUAGAAGGAAUUUUGUCUAUUUAUUGGCUUAUUUUGCAACCUUUAAAUAAAGAUGUUACAGAAUUGUGUACUCCUCAGACAAUUUUCUUUAAAACACAUUGCUAGCUAAAAGAUUUUAAGAUUUUCUUGAUACUUGUUGUAAAUGGACCUGGUUUGAGAGCUUGAUCCAUAAACAAAUCCUAAAGCUAAGUGAACAUUUAGCCUAGUGAUGUGGAACCUGUGGCCCUUCAGAUGUUGCUGGACAACAAUUCCCAUCAUCCCUGACUUGGCUAUGCUGGUGGGGACAAUGAGCUAUGGAGUCCUAAAACACGUUGAGGGCCACAGGUUUCCAAUAUCUGAUCUAGCCUGAAGAAACCGGUUUUUAGCUGUGUUAUAGUUGCUGCUUUUUUGUUUCGUUUUUUCAUCCUUAAGUGGCUUACUGAAAAAUAAAUUAAAAAUAACUUUUGUAUGAAUUGGUGUUAGUUUUUACUGACCAUCUUGUUAUUUCCAGCCAGGUUUGGAGAUGGCUUGUACGAUUCCUACAUGAGAAUAGAUCAGAUUAGAUAUACAGAUCCUACAAAUGAAGAAUGCACCCCUUCUGGACUUCCGUCACUGGGGAGACCUAAUGUAAGUAAUUUCAGGAAUUUCUUGGAUUCUGUCUCCAGUGUUGCAAAACAUUAAUACAGCUGUAUCCAUGAGGAAGGUCGUUUUGUUCUUACUGAUUUUAUUCCAGGCCAUAGGAUAUGCUGUUUAGCAUGAUCUAGAAUGUUACUUAAUAACUGGAUGCAACUCAUGAUACUAAUGUAUGUGUGUUUUAUUAGUCAGUAACUCAUUCCUGUCUUAACAAGUACAGCCUUGCGACUCAGUUUUCUGGGGGUAGUCACCCCACUGCUGCUCUGCCUGCCUUACUGCUUCUCUUUCCCCCUCCCCUAUUGUAGCAUAGCCCCAGGAGGUGCUCAUGAUGUGGGAGAGGGCCUGGUGACAACAACAGGCAUGCCCAGGUAAGGGAACAGAGAGCAGCUUUAACAUCUCUUGACAAGAGAGCUGAAUUAAGAAGUGCCAAAAACCUGCCUGUCUCUGUGCAGACAGUACACCUAGCCCUUUAGAGGUUCUCUGGUCCUUUCUGCAGUGACGAAAAAUAUGUUUAAAAGCUGUCUUCUAAAUUUUCAAGCUUGUUCUAGACAUCCAUUUGUGUUCCUCAGGGGAAACAUCAAUAUAUAAAGUUAGAAAUAAACUAUUUAUUUAUUUAUUUAUUGAAUUUCUAUACUGCCCUAUACCCAGAGUUCUCAAAAUAUUAUUAUUGAAUUCAUUCUCUUGCAGCUUACAUCAGAGUAAAAGUUGCAAGAGCAGCUCUUCUGUGACUAUUCUUCGAACUGUUAAAUAAAUCACCUUUCUCUAGGAUAAGACAGAAGUAAAAUCUGAUUGGUGAAGAAGCAAGCCAUGGAUAAUAGAACUGAUAAUUGUGUUUGUGCUCUCUUUGUUGGUCAGAAGUGAGAGAGAUCACACUAUAGGUGCAGAAGUCUGCUGUGUUAUCUGGGGAGCUGUGUUUGUUGCAUUUAUACUUGGCACAGGAGUACUAGGACUGCACCUGUGUGUAUCUGAAUAUACUUUAACUUUUAAAUGCAACUAGGCAUUUAUAGGGCUGAAAUAGUACUUUUGUGUUUAUGUAUUAUGGGUGUUGUUUUUAUUUCUUCAUGUGCUCCCAGUAAAUAAGGAACCCUGUUUCUUUUUAGAACACCACUAUUCCCUGUCACUUGAAUUCUAUUUUUAUAGACACGAUAGAUGUUUUAAUCAGAGUUGCAUUUCUUUGGAAGCUUGCUGAAGUGGCUCAUUUGGGUUGCAUCAAUUAUAUCCAGCUGUGGCAAUGAUCUUAACUGUAAGAUGAUGUGUAAAUACUUUCCAGCAACAGGGGAAUUCUAUUCUGAGUGAAACCAAAGAUUUCCUGCAUAGUCUGAUCACUGAGAGAAGAAACUGGCAUGUACAGUUUUAGCAUUCUAUCAUGCCAUGAUUGCUUAUUGGAAACUUGUGGCUAAAAGCCAGAGGGGAGUAAUGGAUUAGAAUGUGACAUAGAGAUGUGAAAGCAAAUGCAUUGGGUCAGAUCAUGACUGUUAGAAACGGGUGUUUGUCAGCUUGUGACACCUAACAAUACUUCUUGCCCUCCCCCUGUCUUGGCAAGUGCGUGUAUGUGUGUGCAUACACACAUUCAAAUAAUUUACGAAUGCAUAUAAAAGAGAAUACUGUUUUUCUAGGCCAUCAUUGAUUUUGAGCCCUUUUAAAAAAAUAAUCAAAUACCCAUGUGCCUGUUCAGAUUAUUUAUGCUGUUUUCUUAUAAAUCCUUUCAGUCAUGGAUUUCUUGCUUUUCGAAGUACAGUCCUCUGUACACUUAUGUGGGAAUAAGCCCAUUUGAAAUUAGUGGGACUUGCUUCUUGGGAAAUGUCCAUUGAUAAUUCUGUAAUUUUAAUAUCCUGUUUCUGAAAUCUUUGUGAGCUGCCAUAUGUAGUUGCUUCUUUAAAAAGUAUAACUAAAAUUAUAUUGAAAUCUAUAAAGGCAUUUGCCUUAUUGACCCAAGUGAAAGUGAGGAAUAUUUAAAUAGCUUUAAUGUUAUUCGUAUUAUCAGUCAGGUUUAGGAAGGAAAUAAAAAAUGUCCAAUGUAUGCAACCAGCAUCUGCUUUAAACUUUACCUAAUGUAAACAUUCCUGAAUGUAGUCAGUUAACUAAAGGUUCAUACCAUGGGUUUUUAUGGGGGUUUUUUUGUUUGCCUUUCCCCUCAACCCUUCAAAUACUUCUCCAUUCUGAGCAUGUGUGCAAGGUUCUUUUCAGCACCAUGCGCACAUGCAAUAAAAACAAAUCUUCCAGGAAGUGCACAACAGUGUAAGACCAAACGUUACUUGCUUUAGUUCUCAUGUUUCACAGUGAGCAAAAUGAAGGCUUGUAUUAUUUUGUGGGGGACAACAUCUGUUUCCAUUAAAAAUAAAAUUAGUACUCAGCUCUUGCAAAAAAGUGCCAUUUUCCUGACUUGGUAUAGUUUUUGUGCAAAGAGUGUUAGAGGUCUUGUGCACAACUGCCAUGUUACUUUUUUAAAAUAAUUAAAAAGUCUGAUAUAUGCAUUGCAAUUAUAAUCUCAGAAGUAAUCCACCAAAGUUACUGGGUGGAGGUCUACAGAGAAUAAUUCCUGAACUGUGCAUGCCUUCAGCAUGUGGCAGUCAUUGGAAAUAAAUGUUUUUGUUUGGCAUUAGGGUCUGCCUGAAACAAUAACUGGUUAGGUUGUGAUUAGGUGACGCGCAAACAGAAGGGGCCACCCACUGAAACAUCAUACACAUGACAAAUUGCCCCCAACCCACACACAAAAAUGCAACUAACUUCCAUACCAGUGAUGACCGCUAAUGUAUAAUAGGGCAAUUUUUGCUUACUGGAUUUUUCACAGUGAGGGAAAUCCAGAUUAAUUGUAGUACUGUGGACUGGUGUUUUGAUGCUGACAAAUUUGUAUGGACACUCUUGAGAAACCUAUGUGCACAAGCAGCACUGAGUCUACAAUAAACUGGAAAUGCCCUUGUCUUCUAAUAGUGCAGUCUUAGUGCUCUAAAGAGUUAAUCCUAUUGUACUUACAGACAGUCCUGAGCAUGGUUGCUCAGAAGUAAAUAGCGCAAUAUUAAGAGAACAAGCAAUCUUCCAAGGCUAACCUAUAUUGGGAGUAUUCAAAAAGCUGAUCUGAACAACACACCACAUGUGUUGUCACUCAUUUCUCUUGGCUGCUAACAGCUAGUCUAUGGGCUAAGUAAACUAUGUAGUCCAGCUCUUGCAAGAGGAAGUGUUGGAAGCAGAGUGACAGGUUACUCUGAAGUCAUCUGAUUGGAAAUGGAACUUGUAGUUAAAAUUGUAAUGUGGGUCAGUCUGCCAAAAGUCAUCUGAUCAUUAUCCAGCUGGCCAUUCUACUGGAGAGAGGGUUCUUUGCAUCCCAGCUGUCUCAGGAAAGUCAGGUUACUAAACCUGAACAACAAGAUUUGGAAUUCUAACCAGGUGUGAAAUGUGUUGAUGGAUGGUUCCAGUGGGGAGAAAGGGAGUUCCUUGCUUUCCAAUUAAGCCAAGCCAAACUAUAGGAAAGUGGCUUCUGACAUCCCACAGUCUAAGCACACUUACGCCAGCUGGAGCACCAUAGAAAAUGGCAUGAAUUAUCUGUACUGGCAACAUUGUACUAACAUCAGGGUUAUGUUGGCAUAAUAUCACAAAUUAACCAGCUUUACUUCUGUUGUGGUGUGACAUCCUGCAGAUGCAGGGACCAAUAAAGGUGGUGUAGGAUAUGUUGGAAAGGAGCCAUCUGAAUCAUAAACUCUCUGACUCUGCUCCUGGCACCUACAUCAGUUACACUGACAUAAAAAUGGCGAGCCCAUUCAACUCAGUGGAGAGUUGAAACACACAAUAACCCUCCUGCUCUGGCCACAGCUUCACAGACAUAGGAUGCAGAUAAUGCUGCACUCAAUUACAUCACACCUAGAGCAGUAUAUAAAUCCUGACAGGCGCUAUAGCUCUGAUGAGAGCAUGGGGCUUUGUUAGGAAUAUUUGGAGCAUGCAAGGGAGAACUUUAGUAAUGGGAGCUAUGGAGAAAGGGCACUUUACACAAACAGCCUCAUCAGGAGACCUCUAGGAAGAGCAGGUUGCUAACACCUUGCAGCCCCUAUAGGUACUCUUGUCUCUAGUCUCCACACACAAACAGCAAGAUGCAUGUUGAUUCUGCCACUAUACCUAGGGAUGCACACACACCACACAGUUAAGCAUUGGAAGGGUACCAUGCCUCAUAGUGCCCCCCUCACUCCCAGCCACCCCACUUCAGUAUUGUUUACUGUGUAUUGGCUAACCAUUCUUCCUCCCUCCACAGCUAGUAGCAUUGCCACCCACACAGGAGAGGUAAGUACAUUCAGUAAGGGAGGGGGAGGCCAGUGGCCAUGAACCCCCACAUGAAGGUAAGCUCUCUGUUGAUGAAUGGCAGGAACUGCACUCUAACCAUUGCUUGCCAAACACUCAUGAUCCCUUUUGCAGUUGAGGGCAUGGAGUAGAACAAAACACUGCAACUUCCUACAAGAGAUAGGUAAGUAUUGUCUUGGUGAUCGCAAUCCACUCCCCAUUGGGGGUUGGGUGAAGGGAGACAGCACUCUCUCUCACACACUUGAUCAAAACCACCAGGUGAGCAUUGCGGUCCAGGAACUAUGUACUGUAGCUGCUGACCAUUGUUCUCUAUUGUCUGUGUGUGCCCCCCCCCCGCCUUGGCGCUCCAUAGUCUGACCUUGAACAGAAGCUGUAGCUUCUUCCUUACUCCCAGCACCAUUGCAGACCAAGUGAGGCCUUCAGCAUUACUGGCCUCAGUAACCUGUAUGAUUCUGGCUGUUUCUCUGUGGGGUUGCCAACUUUCACUUUUUCCAGUGCAUAAGUUGCAUAAUGGACAGUUGCACACUCUGGUGACGGAUGGCACUGCAGAGUAAACCACCUGCUAUCCUGUUGUCUUCUACAACUUUCAUAAAAGUCUGCCAACCCCAUCCAUGUGUCUUGGAUGCUGUUUAGUAAAAUGUUUGCCUUUUGUUAUAGCUGUCAAUUUGUUUGUUACUGGAGGUGAGCAGGUUGGGAUCAUUUCCACACCCCAGAGUAUGUUCUGUCCUCUGCUAGCCUCAGGAAGGGACUUUAAAUGAAAGGGUCUUUGGGGAAUUCUUUGCUAUCAGGUCUGAAGAGAUGCAACAUUUCCACCCGCUUGCCAUUUUACCUCCAGUGAGGGUAAAAGAAGAAGAGGAGGAGUUUGGAUUUGAUAUCCCGCUUUAUCACUACCCUAAGGAGUCUCAAAGCGGCUAAAAAUCUCCUUUCCCUUCCUCCCCCACAACAAACACUCUGUGAGGUGAGUGGGGCUGAGAGACUUCAGUGUGACUAGCCCAAGGUCACCCAGCAGCUGCAUGUGGAGGAGCAGGGAAGCGAACCCGGUUCACCAGAUUACAAAUCCACCACUCUUAACCACUGCACCACACUGGCAGUCUCCUCUGCACUCACAGGCAGCCUGGUCACUGCCACCGUGAUCAGUGAGACAGGCAGUUUGGAGGUGGAGGAGAUAAUGAACAGACCUGGGCAAACCAGCAUGAGGGAUGUUUGACUAGAUGGGACCAGUGAUACAAAAGGCAACCUACGUCAUCUGAAAGCCAGGCAAUUGACUCAUGCAACACUCCUCUGACACUGCACUGUUUUCCAGAGGAAGAUUGCAUCUUGGUUUUACCUAGAAGCUCCUGCCUGUGAAAUGUGUGCUAUUCUGCUGGGUUAGGGCUCAUAGAAAGCUGCAUCAUACUCAGACCAUCUAGUUCAGUAUUGUCUAAGUGACUCUUCAGGGUUAUAUGUGAGCCAUUCCAGGCCCUAUAUAGAAAUGAGAAUUGAACCUUUAUCAUGUAAGCAUGCUCACUGUGAUAGGCCCUUUUCCUCAUGUACCCUCUUUGCCCUGGUAUACACAGCUAGUAGCUCAGGAAGGACACAGUGACUACAGUCACAUGGAACACUAAACUAUAUUGUAGUGCUACAUGCACAAAAUGCACAAACCUCUCCAAGCCCAAGUAAAGCAUUGAGCUCAUGCACUCUCCCUCCUCCUGACACCAAGCUUGGUUUUUGCCAGUAAAGAAUCUUGGCUUAGCAUUUUGUACAAACCAAGGAUUCUGUUUUAAAACAAACCAUGGUUGGUCUCUAAGCAAGCCGAAUAGGGCUGGUGCAGUGCAUCCUCGUCUCCUGUGGCUGGGUUAUCAUCUGCUUAGUAGAGUGUACCAUGUACGUUCUAGUUCUACUACUCCCUCACUUUUGUAUCUGACAUGCCUGUUGCAGGUAAGACAUGCAAAAGGUGAGUCUGACCAUGUUUCUGCCAUCCCCUAGUAAGGCCCACUUCUUUUGUAUUCUGAAACUCUAUGCUGUGAACCAUGACACUGUUUCUGUUGUUCUGCCCAUUCUCUCUUCCAUUUUGUAUUGGGGAGUCAGAAGGGUGAUUUUGUUAUAGGAUGAUUUACCGUACCCAUCUUUUCCCUCUAGAAGGAGUGCUUAAGCAGGCUUACCAUAUAUCUGUGCCUGUGAACACACACAGUUUUUAUGUUGCUGUUGCAUGUCUCCAACUUUUGGUUUAAGAAUUGAUCCCAUUUAAGUUACACAGAUACAACAGCAAUAUAAGUGGUCACAAGUGUAUCUGAGACCAUAUGACUUUGUUUCAAUAUCCCAUAGCUUAAGGCCGCUAAAAAUAUAGCAUAACUGAUACAUCUUGCAAGCUGAAAAAUUUAUAUUAUUUAAAUGUAUUGGUGUGAAGGAAGUUUACUGCAUGGAAAUGCUCACAAAAUAUUUACAUGACUAGAAUAGCAUUAAUUUUGCAGAAUUGUGAGCUCGAAUUUAAGGGGAAAUGUCAAUGAACUUUAAGUACAGCUACUGUGGAGUCUGGGGCAAAGAGUAUUUUGCCCUAAGAAUUCAAACUCUUCUCUUUUAUCGAGAGUUAAUCUUAAAUAAAUUAAUACUAUGGGAUACAGUUGUAUGUAGUUCUGGAAGUGCCUCACCAAAGACUCCUGACCAAGCUUAGCAGUCAUGGAAUAAGAUAAGAGGCCCUCUUGUGGAUCAGUAACUGGUUAAGAAACAGAGAGCAGAGGGCAGGAAUAAAUGGACAGUUCUCCAAUGGCAAGAUGUAGCAAGUAGAGUACCCCCAGGAUCAGUAUUGUGCUUUUUAAUUGGUUCAUAAAUGAUUUAGAAUUAGGAUUGAGCAGUGAUGGAGCCAAGUAAGCGUAUGAUACCAAAUUAUUCCAGGUGGUUAAAACAAUAAGGAACUGUGAAGAGCUCCAAAAUACUAUGUAAAUGGGCAAUAAAAUGGCAAAUGCAAUUAAAUGUUUUAAAAAGUGUAAAGUGAUGUACACCAUAUACAUGCUCAUGGGGUCAGAACUAGAAGUGACUGAGCAGAAACAAGAUCUUGGCGUAGUGGAGAACUAAAUGAAGAUGUCAAACCCAGUUUGCAGCAGCUGUGAAAAAGGCGACGUGUUAGGAAUGCUUAGAAAAUGAAUUGAAAAUAAAACUGCGAGUAUCAUAAUGCUGUUAUACAAAUCUGUGGUGCAACUGCACUUGGAAUACCGUACACAGUGCUGUACAGUCACAUGAUAGGUGGACAUGGCUUACCUAAAAUGGCUUGGCACGCCUAAUUGGGCCAACAGAAUGGAGGUUCGCCACCCCGACGUAGACUAACAAUGUCUGUGUACAGUGGUACCUCCAGUUGUGCACGGGAUCUGUUCCGGAGCUCCUGUCGAAUCCCGAGGUGUUCAUAUCUGGAGGUGCAUGCGCGCAGCGCGGUUUAGUUCUGCGCAUUUGCGCGGGGCGAAACCUGGAAAAAUACUUCCGGGUUUGCCACACACAUAUUCUGAAGGUAAACGUAAGUAGAGGUACCACUGUACUUCCCAAAUAAUCUUAAACAAAGCAUUGUUUAAAAGUUAUCAUAGUUAAAUUUUGAUAUUUUGUUUCAUUGACAGUGUAUGAUGGGGCCCAUUUAGUCCCUGCACCCCUUUCCUUCAGUGUUGUCUCAUAUUUGACAAAUUUGUCAAAAUAGAUUUUGUUUUGGAAAAUGCCUAGCCUUAUUCAGAGUACACAGUGCAUGUAAUAUGUGUGUCUGUUUGCAGACUUUUCAUAAUAGAACAUUGGACUUUUUCUGAAACCUGAAACAGACUUUCCUGUUCUACAUUUUGUAAUAUAUUGAAAGUAUUUUUCUAGGUCUUCUGGAUUGUUACUGGUUACUUUGUGUAAUAAUUGUGGUCCAGUAGAUGAGAUCUAGCAGUUAAGCAGAGGGCUAAUCUGGCUGCUAUUACAGUCUUAAAAUGUGUGUUUUAAGAGGCCCUUGAGCUCCACUGUUGUGUUUGGAUGCCUUUUUGACAGUUCUGAAAACAACAGAAAGCAGACAUGCUUUUUACUGUAGCUUGUUCAGGAGAGAGGAGAAAGGUUACCUGUCGGGCACUGUGCUACGAAAUGGGUGAAUGUUAUAAGGAUAUUAAUACUUCAUAGAAGUUGAAAUUCUUUCUAUUUCCCUUCUCAUUUUCCCCACCAGCAGGAAAUGACUGAGUAAUGGGAAUUGGGCAAAGAGUGGCAUAGCUGUUUGAAUUCUAGUGCAUUAAAUGGUUGCUUGAUGUCGGGAGGCCCAGGUCCAUACUCAGAGCAGUGCAGAGAAAUGAGAGGUAGAGCUUUCUCAAGCUAAUGUCUUCCUGUGGGAGUUUGUUGCAAGCCUGUGUGUGUGUGUGUUGUCUCUGUUCGUACAAAAGACUAAUCAUUAGUCCUCGGUUCUUAAAAACCAAUCAAACCAAACCCAAAUAGUUUUCUAACUUUCUUCUUAUCAGCAUGACCUCAGUUUAUUUCCUUGUAGGAUCACUGUCAAAACAGAGAAUGUGUUGUGAAACAAAAUACUGCCCUACGAGGUAUGAGGCUUAAUCAUACCAUGCAUUUCUUUCAGAGCAGAGAAUGGGGAAAGAGCUAUGUCAUGGAAUCAGGUGGUCAGUGGCUGGGAGUUUGCUUUUUUUUGGAAGGGAGGAGGCUUUCCUAGGCAACAUAGAUAGCCGAUAUGAAGAAGGAUGUAGCAGGGAAUUCACCUCAAACAUAUAUGUCCAUUUACAUGCUUUGGGAAAAUAGUUGUGGAAAACUAACUUGAUCAUGGUUCUCUGAUGUUUGCAAAAUAUGGGAUUUUGAUCACGGAAAGGAAGUUAGGUCCUGAGGUUGGGUUUGUAGGAAGAGGCGGCAUUUCUGUGCCACGUAAAUAUGUUUCUGUUUCUGGAAAAGUGGUUAUCACUCUAUAUUAAAUUCCUCUCUACAAAUCCUGUUUGGUUUUUUGAGCCAUUAAAACAAUGCUUCUCUGACACUUGGCAAGUUUUAUAUUUUGGAGCAUGAAAGCUGGAAACUUGGGUUUACAGAACACAAAAGCUGAACUCAUUCAUUGCCAGCUUCCAAGUACUAUAGUUUUUAGGCACAUUACCCACCAUCCUUGGGUCAGAUGGGUCCAAAAAUCUUCCUCAUUUAUUAGUCAGAGGGAAAAGUCUGAAAUAGUUCAGUCUGUGGCACCAUACAGCUUUAAACUUUCACCUUUUUGUGCUUGUCAGUUGCCAAAUCUCUUCACCUUUAAGUGAUAUCAGAAUGUCUUUUCAGACAUGUGCCUCUUUGUUAUUGUGUGUUAAUCCAUAGCAAGUAUCAGUUUUUAAAUGCUAUACUUAUUAACCUUUUUAUUUCAAGGUGUGACCUUUUAGGUUGCAGAUAAACACUGUAUGUUGUACAAAAUUGCAGCUCACUAAGGUUCAAUUCCACUUUGCUUUUCUCAUUUUGGCUCCUUAACUUUACUGUAAAAUGAAGAGAAGAAUCUGUCUGGAAUUCCUCAGGCAAGCGUUGGAUUGGAAAGCAGACAUUUCUGAAAAUGGAGUUUCCCCUAAAACCUGGAUUUCUUACUGAGAGAAUUAGUGUCAUUUUGAAUUAUUUGCUGCAAGUAGCCUUCUUAUUCAGAAUUUUACACCGUCUGUCAUUCUUUCUCUGCAGUUCAGCCAUAAGCCCAGCGAAGAAUGUGUUACUAAAAUGCUAAUUCUGUGGACCAUAUUUUCUAUGAGUUCCUGGAAAGGUGUGUGUCUCAAAAUGUACUGUCUACAUUUUCCAGGCAGAUAUAGCAGUUAAGUAGUAAUCAGGAAGAACCAGAGAGCUUUAUCUCUUAAAACUUUUCUUUUUCUGAGCCAAUGGGAUAAACUGUGUAUUGGCAUUUCAGCGGAAAGAUAUGCAAGUUAUUUUCCAUGAGUUGUUAUUUUGCUGCUAUGUUGGGAUGAUAGACAGUAACUUGCUAUACAGGAAAUGGAUAGCAUCACUCACCAGUUAUCUUCAGACAUGUGUAUAUUUUUACUGAAAUGGAAGUUCUAUUUUCAGUUUCAAGGAUUGGCUAUCUUUAUUUUGAGAUGAAAGACUAGAAUGGAAAGCAGAUGUUUCUGCACUUCCCACAAUUGUUGUACAAUAUAACACAGCAGCUUGUAACUUCCUUGCAGUGUAGAACUAAAAGCAGUAUGAACUUUAAGUGCGUCUGUUGCCUUUCUCCUUGGAUAGAAUUUUAGGUCUACCUUCAUAUAUUACACUGAAAUCUUGCAGAAAUGAGAAACUCCUUUAUUAUGUUUUCUUACCAAUUUCAGUUUGCUCUUUUCACUGCGGAAAAUAUUUAGUCCCUUAUUGGCACAGGAUAGCAAAAGUUCCUUUCUAGGACAGAUGCAAAAUGUGUUCAGUUCUGCCUUGCUAUACAGCUUCAAAUAAAGUAGAUGAGAACUGUGGAGAGACAUAUGAGAGUAGCAUGGAGCCCUUGGUAACAAAAUUAGAAUUCACCCAUUGCCCUGGCCGCCAUUCCAUUUGCCCUGUGAAAAGGCUUCUAUCAUAACCUGCUUCUGCUUUGCAUCCCCUCUGUGUGCCUAUUUGUGGUGUUUUGUAUUUUUUCAUCCUUGUAGUUGGCUUCCUGUGGUUCUAAGAUGGCAAAUAUGCAUACUUCAGCUAUGGCUUGGCUUAUGCCAGGGGUUGCCAACCUGGUCCUAUGAGCACAUUAAAAACUGGGGAAACUGUCAUGGGCACUACACGCAUAGCAGAACCCGAGCACUCACUGCAACCUAUUAUGUUGACUACAAUGGAAUGCUGCUUCAAGACCAAUUUAAGUGGGGGUGGGGUGGGUCCCUGCAGACACCAGGAAAAGCUCUGUGGACUUGUGUGCUUAUGUGUGCCCAUGAGCAACACAUUGGUGACCCCUGAUUUAAUGCUAAACUUUCAGCACCUGCCCACAUGUCGGGUUGAACAGUAGGUGUUGCAUAGCUGCUCUUGUGCAUGCUUGUGCGAUCGGUUGCUUCUGAACUAGAUCAGAAUACGUGUAUUUGUAAAUGCGCCAUCUGAAAAGCUUGUCUUGUUGCUUCUUUGCUUCCCCGUUGUUAAAAUGAGAACGGAAACUAAAGAUUUGCUUUGUUUCAUCCUAAUAGGUAACUACUAACCCAAUCACAAUGAAGGACCAUCCUCUGACAGGGAGCCAAGUCAAAGUGGAGCAGUUAUUUGAAGACUCUGGCAACAGAAGGAGCAGUACUCUCCAGUCUUCAGGAAUAAAUGCCUCUGAGAGGUCUUUUCCAACUCCAGCAAAAGAUAAAAGCAUUGAUAGCAUAAGUACCAACAAAAAUAGUGGCAGCUUGACAAAAGCACACAAAACCGGAAGUCAGUCCCCAGAACAAGCACUGAAGCAAUACAAACAGCAGUUGUCAGCCUAUGAGCAGCAAGAAAUAUUGAACUUUCCUGAAAUUUAUUUUGUGGGUGCAAAUGCAAAGAAAAGGCAAGGAGUCAUUGGAGGCCCAAACAAUGGUGGAUAUGAUGAUGAACAAGGCAGCUACAUUCACGUGCCUCACGACCAUCUUGCCUACCGAUAUGAAGUACUAAAAAUAAUUGGAAAAGGCAGUUUUGGCCAAGUAGCUAAAGUUUAUGACCACAAACACCACCAGCAUUUGGCCUUAAAGAUGGUACGUAACGAAAAGAGGUUUCACCGGCAAGCAGCAGAAGAAAUACGGAUCUUGGAGCAUCUCAAAAAACAAGAUAAAACUGGUGGCAUGAAUGUUAUUCACAUGCUGGAGAGUUUUACCUUUAGGAAUCACAUAUGUAUGACCUUUGAACUCCUGAGUAUGAAUCUCUAUGAGCUGAUCAAAAGAAACAAAUUUCAAGGCUUCAGUGUGCAGCUGGUACGAAAGUUUGCCCACUCUAUACUGCAAUGUUUGGAGGCUCUUUAUAAAAACAAAAUCAUACAUUGUGACUUGAAACCUGAAAAUAUUCUUCUAAAACAACAAGGGCGGAGUGGAAUCAAAGUGAUUGAUUUUGGAUCCAGCUGUUUUGAGCACCAAAGAGUCUACACUUACAUACAGUCUCGAUUCUACAGAGCCCCAGAAGUCAUUUUGGGAAGCCGUUAUGGGAUGCCCAUAGAUAUGUGGAGUUUUGGCUGUAUUCUUGUGGAACUGUUGACUGGUUACCCUCUCUUUCCUGGGGAGGAUGAAGGCGAUCAGCUAGCUUGUAUGAUGGAGCUCCUUGGAAUGCCCCCACAGAAGCUGCUAGACCAAUCCAAGCGAGCCAAAAACUUCAUCAAUUCAAAAGGCCAUCCUCGUUACUGCACUGUAACGACACAGGCAGAUGGGAAAAUGACUCUUAAUGGCAGCAGAUCACGUAGGGGGAAAAUGCGUGGUGCUCCAGGCAACAAGGAUUGGGUCACAGCAUUAAAAGGCUGUGAUGACCCCGUGUUUAUAGAAUUCCUGAAAGAAUGUCUUAAUUGGGAUCCUUCUGCACGGAUGACUCCUACCCAAGCUUUGAAACAUCCUUGGAUUUGUAAACGAGUACCUAAGCCACCCUGCAUGGAUAAAACAUCAGGCAAACGGAUUGCUCAUUAUACGAGCUCUUUCCCAGGGAUAGGUUCCAGAUUACCCCCAGUUGUUGGGGUAGCCAACAAACUACGAGCUAAUCUAAUGUCUGACUCAAAUGCCAAUAUACCUCUAUGUACUGUGCUACCAAAAUUGGUCAGCUAAUAGAGAAUUACAUAUUCCCAGAGUACAUAUGCUGUGUUUUUAAUUAUAUCCUUGAAAUAUAAAAAGAUGACAGAAUGCGCAGAGGUCUUGGAAAAAAAGAGAGAAAAGAAAUGGAUUUUUAUUGAACACUAAAUCUUGUAUAAACACCCCCCCCAUCAAAACAUAAGCAUUUUAAGGGCUAUGAUUGUUUUAUCAAGUUGUUUCAGCUAGAAUGUGGUGCUUGUUACAUCACUUUUGAUAGGUCAGCACAUUUGUUUUGUUCAGUGAAGUUACGCACUAUGUAACAGAUGGAUUUUAUAGCACUGUUGUAAUAAAACUCAAAAACCACUGCUCAUGCGGACAGUCUCACUUAGCAGACAGUUUGCUGCAAACCACUUCAAAGAUAAAUAAACUAUGCAUUUAAUUAGCCACAAGUGAAUACAUCAAAGAAUGAUGGUCAAAAAGCACAAUAUUUUAAUAUCUAUUGGUUGUUGUUGUUGUAGUAAUUUCAAUGUACUGAGUGCCAGAUUUUGGUGUUUGGGAAGUCUUUUGUCUUUGCCAGGAACCCUCCUUAAAUUUGCUUGCAGUCUGUGGCAAUAAAACACUCCUAAGAAGAGUGGGUGCUGUCCUCAUGCUACGAAGAUACUGGUCUUGGGACUCUAGGUAUAAUGUGCUUGGUUCCUUUCCCUCAUCCAUCCAUCAUGCAAAAUUGACUGAACUAAUCUUUAUAAUUUAGCAUUUGUUUGUGGAGGUAGAAAUGUCUCCUUGCCUUUUAGUGUCAUUAUUUCCCUGAAGGGUAGUUCUUUUACUGUCUUGUAGCAAAAACAACAAGAGUUUCAUGGUAACGUAAAGACUACCCCUAAUUUAUUGUGGCAUAUGGUUUCCUGGAUUACAGUCCUCAUCUGAAGAAUGCACCUGAUGAAGUGCACUCUAGUCCAUGAAAACUUUUGCCAUAAAAAUCUUUCAGGUGUCAUGAGAUUCUGUUCUUUCAAAGUAAGCUGCUCUUAAUUUUAGUGAAUUGGUUCAAGGACAAACUGUUUUAAAGCAAGUGCAGUUUCCAAGAGGUUGGGGCAAGGUUAAUAUGCCAGUAAUUGAAAGUUCAUUGUGGAGGUGGGUUCCUGCCCUUGAGCGAUUUGCAUAAUCUGAUUGAGGGUUCAGAAGUUUUGUACAGUAAAAUGUAAUGAGAUGUAGCAGUGUCUGAUUACUGGAAAAUAAAAGGUGGAAGAUGUGUAUUAAUGAUUAAGAUAGAGAGAAGUUUGCUUCUGAGUUUAAACCUCCAAACUUACAUUAUUUGACAGUCACACACUUGUUACGUUUCACAGCAGUUUUACAUAUACCUGAGGCACAUUUUAUAAGCAGUACAAACUUAACAGAUUACUCUGACUGAAAGAAGUCUCCCAGCCAAAGGCGUUGUUAGUGUGAACUUGUGUCAGAUGUUGAUCAGUCAGUUAAGUCAAUGAGUAUUUUCGUUCAGGGUGGAAUCCAGCAUUGCAUGAGCAGGCUUACCCUUCUCCACCCUGGAGCCACCCACCAAAAAUCUUUGUGGAGUUGGGGAACCUUUCAGAACUGGUUUGGGGAGGCUACAAGGGAAGGAGAGGAAGGGAUACCUGUUUCACUUGUGCACCAAUAGUGUUGGAAUCAGUCCUGUUUCUGCAUUUUGUCAUUUGUUGACCCAUUCUGUGAGGUUGUUAAUUCUUGAUAGGAAAAGAGCCAGUCACCGACAGACCAAUUUGCAUCAUCCUUCUGUAGCAAAUAUUACAUGCAGGAUACAAUACCAGCAUUUUUUCUACUCUCCAAAUACAUUAUCUGCUUUUAAAUUAAGAUUGUCUUUCUCUGUAACUGUAAUGUAUAUUCCAAAUUGCAUUUGAAUUAUUAUUAUUAUUGGAGUUAUUUGUACACUCAGAAUACUCAUUCCCCACUUGGGCUCAGUUUUUUAAGAAUUUGCAUUCAGUACCUGAAAGCCAUGCUGCCCCUAUACACAACCUGCCCUGAUUCAAAUUAAAAACCCUAUGUGUAAGUCAACUGGGCUGUACUAUGAUCCAUAUAUCCCCAUGGGGUUCUUAUUUGAAAUGGAACUUUUAAACCUGCAAAUAUAACAGUAGUAAUGGUCACAAUGCCAAUAAGUCUUCAAGAUGGUUUAUAGAUAAAAGGCUACUGUAGUAUCUCAGUCCUUGGCAGCAGAGAUUGUGAGCGGAGGGGAAAAGUGCAUAGACUGCAGUAAUUUAGCUGAAAUAAGCAAAUAGGUCAUUAAUAGUGCAGAUAAGGAAACAACAGCCAGAGAAGAAAAGCAGUCUUUUAUUAGACACUUUUCUUUGGCAUAUGGAUCAGUUGCAUCCCCAAGCUCAGAGAAACUGUCAUCUAACUAUCAUUUUCCUUUUGCCAUCCUUUCUGUGAAGUUAGGCAAACUUAAACUUCUCUCAAAGAUAUCUAGAAGCUGUUUAAAUUUCGUGUAGCUUAAUCUACAAUGGCUUGAAUAUUCUGUUUGUGUUUCUGUGAUGCUAAUUCACCUGUGCUUUAAAAUUACAGUGGUGCCUCGCAAGACGAAAUUAAUCCGUUCCGCGAGAGUCUUCGUCUAGCGGUUUUUUCGUCUUGCGAAGCAAGCCCAUUGACGGAUUAGCGCUAUUAGCGGUUUAGCGGCUAUUAAAGGCUUAAAGGCUUAGCGGAUUAGCUGCUAAAAGGCUAUUAAAGGCUUAGCGGCUUAGAUAAAGGGGGGGGAAAGCGAAAAAAAAAUCUCAAGACUCGCAAGGUAUUUUCGUCUUCGAAGCAAGACCAUAGGGGAAUUCGUCCUGCGAAGCAACUUCAAAACGGAAAACCCUUUCGUCUAGCGGUUUUUCCGUCUUGCGAGGCAUUCGUCUUGCGGGGCACCACUGUACCAGGAGUGAAACAGAGGCAACUUCAGGAACUGAAAUCAAUUAUCAAUAAAGCCUUUUUAUUACCCUUUAGGCUUAGUAAUUGUAAACAACCCCCCCCCCCCCCCGAAUAGUUAAUUGUCUGCAGAAAGUCUUUAAAUUAAACUGGGGGUCUUUUUAAACUAACAUCCUGUCCCCUCCCCCUUUUUGACUGAAAUGGCUCAUAUAUGAUGAUAUCGGCAACAUCUCCACUAAUCCCAGGAGGACAAGCAAAAAGCUGAUUGUGCACCCAGACCUUUGUACUGAAAGAUCAGCUGAAAAGUUCACUUCUCUAGAAUAGAGUAAUAGCAUUGUGAAAACUAAGAGCUUAAAUAUAUUGAACAAUUUGCACUACUUAGUUAUUAUAGUUACACUGUGUCAAGCAUAAAGUGCAUGCUUUCCCUAAAAAAGUUGUUUGGCUUUUUUGUUAAUUUUAUUCUAGACUUGUUUGGCCUCCUACCAGCCCCAUUGGUAAAGGAAAUCAAUCACUUUGCAAACAUUUGAUUUAGUUUUUAAAUCUGUAAUUAGUGAUUUCCUAAAUUAAGCUGGAGAAGGGAUUCAGUAGGCUACAAGGCCUCUACCAACACAUGAUUCUGUGACUAAGAAUAUGUUGCAGAUUGUUAAUGAAAAUAAAUUUCUCUCUACAGGCAGCCCUCCAUUUAUGAGUGUCCAAUAUGCAUGUGAUCGUGUCUAUGCGCAUCACACAGAACCCGGAAGUGACUCAGACACGUCAUAUAGACAUUACUGAAAUGUCACUAAAAGGGCGCAGUGGAUUGUUUGCAGGCUUUUCCAAUGGGUUACAAUUAUACACAAAUGGGGGGCUGCCUGUACUAAUAUAUGUGCUGUGUUGGAUAGAGCUGUGUGCCUGAAUUAAAGCAGUAACAACAGCAUCACUUAGGUAAUUAACUACAGUACGUUUUCAGAUGGGGUAACUGAUUUAAAAUACACUUUUUAAUGUAUGGUCUGACUUCUUCCACAAAUUUCAGUCCUAUAAAAGAUCUCUAGCCUGAGAGUGUUAAUAACGUUACCUCUCAGGAAAUAUUGGAAAGAUUUAUUCCAGCCAUGUAAUGCAAUUACCAUAAGUGAGAACACUUGCCUAGGUUAGUACAAGAUUCCACUGAUGCUAGUCAUAUUGUGUACUGUCUCUUUCAAUCUCCGUUAUAAAAUGAUAAGUAUCUGAAAUCCUUGGAAUAGUCAAAUGCUCAUGGAAAAUGUUGUUUGCAAAUAUUUGGAUGUAAUCAGUUUUACUACUAAGACAUCUAUCAAUAUUAGAACUAUGUAAGAGGUUCAUUAGUAAAUAUGCACUGCUAAAAUUACAAUUUAAUGUUCCCACUUCUUGUCUAUUGUGCCAUGCUUUACCAUCCUGCAUCCAUUUCCAUUCAAUACUGCUCAAGGGGCAGUAUCCAUCUCCAUAAUUUCAAGGAUUUUCACUUGCACAAUGGAAUUGCGCCCCCUCCAUUUGUGUACACCACACCCUCCCCAAAAUGCUUCCAGGGUGUUGGGGAACAGAUUUCUGCUCAGAACAGAUUUAAGGGGCACACAGGAGAAGGAGAGGGUGGAAGUUACAUUGUGCAAGCAGAAAUCCUUGUGUUGAUGGAAUUGAGGGAGUUCGUGCUACAUUGAAUGCCAUGCAAGGUUUCCAGUAUAUUAAAAUUUGUCUAGAAUACUUGAGUUAGUUUUGAAAGUUGUAGCAUCUUUAACAAGGUGAACAAUGCAGUGAAUGUUGACCUGCAUGAUAGAUUCAUCUCUGUGUGAAGGAACACUUGGGAAAUGUCCCGUUUUUAACUUUAUUUAAGUGGGAAUGAAAAAUAUUUCCUAAAACUGUAAUUAAUGUAUUCUUUUUAAAAGUAGUUUUCUUUUGCAAAAGGCUGUAUGUACUUCCAAAGAAAAAAGUUGAAACCAAAACAAUUUGCUCUUACUAUUUAGCAGUUAGUGAAAAACCCAUCAAAAGGAACCAACAUCCACUACUUUGUAAGAAAUACCCUGUAGCCUAAAUCAGUAGUUCCCAACACGUUUCAUGACCUGCAAAUAAAUCCUGUGCAAAUGGGUUGUGGCCUUUAGAAGUAAACCCAAAAUAAUUAUUGCUUUUGGUUCUUAACUGGUAUGAUAUCUCCUACACUGUUUUGUUUUGUUGUGUUGACACAACUGAAUGUCAGAAAGGCUCAAGUCUUACAAAUAACACUUGGGAAAAACUCUCUGGCAGCUGGUGGCAGAUCCCGUAGCAGUGACCAUUACAGCUUGCCUCUCAUGCAUAGGUGCUGCUUUCAGCAAAUAGUCAUUCAAAACAUCUCCCUAUCUGAGCACCUUAUGGUGAAGUGUUGCUUGAUCUGCUGCUCGGGUUAAUUAAUCAUUUAGCCAAUGGUGAGAUGACGUUUGCUUAGUCAAACUUUGUCCAGUACUUUUGUGCUGAAGAAACAGAGAAUUCUGAGUGGGUGUGAAACCCAUUUGCAGCUGAUGUCACACAGUUGUUUGUGCUAAAAGAACAACUCAUUGAACUGUCAUAUGAUAGGACCCUCAAAGAUAAAUUUUCAGAAGUGGGUUUAUCAGAUUUUUGGCUUCAUGUUACCAAAAUUGCUCAGUUACCACUGAGUAUCCUGAUUAAGUGAUUACAGAUUAAGUGAUGCCUGUGAUGCUGCCAUUUGGUAGCACAUAACAAGACAAGCUUUUCAGCAGUGAUUGCUCUGAAGAAGAAAUACAGUAGCGAGCUACGUAUCAGUAAUGAUCUGAAGCUACGUCUGACAACCAGCAAACCCUGCACCGACCUACUCAUUGGCAAAAUACAGACUCUGACAUCCUGAUUCUCGCAAAAAUGGACUUAAUAUCAAUAAAACUAUUUAAAAUCCUCAUACUUCCAUUUUAUCUAACACUGCUUAUGUAGCUAUGUAUUCACAAUAAAAAAAAUUGUAGCUUAUGAAGAAAUAACCUACAACCAGACAUCUGAUGUUCUUACAUUCCCAAAAACAAAACUAAAUAACCUCGUAGGUACUAUAAACAUGUCCACAAAUUCCAGUAAAUUUGGGGUUCUGGGGCAACAUACCAAAAAGGCUGGGAACCACUGUUUCAGAUGGUUCGUAGAUCAAGCAACAAAUGAAUAGGAGUAAAAUUUUACCUAGUUUUGUCCCUAGCACUAUGCCUUUUUAAUGAAUUUACUAUGCUACAUGAGUGAUGGGUCAGGGAGGUUAUCAGCCACUUAUGACACACAUGCACCAACCAAGGUGUCCUGUUUACUCCCAUGAACACAUUUUAUAGCUACUGGUAUUCCUCAGUGUUGUGACUAUUGCUUGCUUGUAAGUCUCAUUGAUGCUAAUAGAUCUUGCAAGCACUGCCAUAUAUAGUGUAGAUAGAUACAAACAUCUACAGAAGGUAAUCUUCAUGUUUAAACUCUUGGGCUGAUGUAUCCGUCUUGGAACUUUGUUUCUAGAUCUUCACAUCUCCACUCAAAUGAGUCCACCCUUCUUCUCCCUCCAUCAUCUUACCGCCAUCAACAUCUGUGGUUCUCUUGAGUUUGUUUGUAUGUAUUGUCCUCUUUGACCCAUUAAAGAAAGUGUUGUACAUUAAAGAAAA